AAAGUGAAAAAUCAGCUGUGAGAGGGGGGAAAGACUCCGUGUCUCUGUUUGUGUUUACUCCAUGUCUUGGCUGGCUUCAGACUCGGGUCAAACAUCAGAGGGAACGUCAGUGUUUGAUUCAGGGUUCGACUAAAAGAAACAAAACCUCCUGGGAGUUUUCUCCGGUGGGACUAUUUUGUGCCGCCGCCGCCUCCUCCUGGACCAGCUCUCUACUGUUUGUUUGCAGUUUUUCGCAGCGAUAUCUCCCGCUUUCUACCACUUUGAGUUCUUGUAUCUAACACGUUUCCCCGGCCCGGGACUUUUCUGUGAAGUUGCCAGGAAAGCAGAGACGAUGUUUUGCCGAAACCAAACAGCGAGAGCUACCGUAGCCCGCGGCUCUGCCCUUGAAAUGGAGAUACGGCGAGGGAAGUUCAGAAAGAGCGUUUUCCUGGACACAUCACAGGUAGGGUCUGAUUGUUCGCCAGUUAUCACCACACACACACACUCACAGCAAACAAACACACAAAUGCACACACGCUGUGGGGGGAUUCUCUGUUUACAACUCUGUCUGAUCUCUCUCUCUCUCUCCCUCUAAACUUAUUUGGCACACUUUUAAUCUUGUUCUGAAGGCAUCUGAGAGUGCGAACCUCGCUUUUUUGCUUCGUGCCACAUUUUAAUUACAAAGCGUUGGGGAGCUGUGCUGUUGCCUUCAUGUCCUCAAAUCAAAGCAGUUAAUUGCAGUAUUUUCUAACUAGGCUACUUUGCAUUUUACUCCAGUCUAAGCAAAGAACUUUAAUAUUCCUUCAGAGAGUUAAAAAGCUUGUGUGUUUGUGUCUGUGUGUGUGUGGUGCUCAGCUGGAUGUUGACAGUAAUUUAUAAGUGCUAAUUUCCCUCUCAUUUUCCCUGAUAUUGUUUUAAUAUUUCUUAAUGGUUCAGAAUCAUUGUUGCGCUGGUGCUUUCAGAUGGUUAUUACAUGGCGUUUGUUUUCCAUGAGGGCUUGUUUUUAAUCUGACAAAAGCAUAAUAGGCUACUUAAGUAAUUUUCUGCAUGCACAUUGCACUUUAAGUUUUUUUUGUGGUAAUCACCUGCAAGCAAAAGGCCGAACUGACUCCAUAUUGAAGUUCAGAAAUGGGUCAGACGUAAAGCCUUCAUGUGUUUCCCUCUCAGCUGUUUAUCCCCAGAUCAGACUGUUAGAUCUUCAAGCAUUUUUCCCUUCCUUUCUUCGACAUCUGCUUCAUGUUAUCCACCGUUAAGUUGGCAUCCAUACUACCUCAACAGGACUUUCAAUCCAACCUGUAAUCAUGAACCACAUUAAUACUGCUUUAUUGGAAAGUCCUCCCUCUGUCUGUGUGUCUGUGUCUGUGAAACAGACCCACUUCCCUGUGUAAACUCUGAGCAGUUUGUGUCGCACUUUGCUUUUACCAUCAGGAACGCAUUCCUGUUUAAGGUCUGUUUGUCUGUUCAAGUUAAACAAACCCCAGAUUUUACAUGUGUACACUUUCGAACGCCUCUGUGCGGCAGAUUAGGAGAAGAGUGAGGAGGAGGGAGGCUCAAUUGUAAGAGGAUACUUAAGGAAUGUUAAUGGUGCAAUAUGGGGAAUGGAAAAGAUAGAGUAUUGAUUCUGUCCCUCUCAUUUACUGUCUGAGUCUCACUUUGCAUUUUCACCCUGCUGUAGUGUUAGUGUGUACAUGUGGUCGAACACAUCAUCACUCUACUAGUUGUUCAUAAUUCAUGUCGCAGGAAAACGCAGCUAAUCCAUGGAGAGAAAGACACACUCAUCUGUAUUGAUCUGCAGUCAGAAUUAGCCUGAUCUGGUGUCUGAGGGAGCAGCAGAAGAUCAUAUUUGACACACAAGCUGGAAAAGGCCAAAAACACACACUAAACACUUCCUGAGGGAGCUGUAGUGUCAAUGUGGCCAAGUCUUUACAGCAUUUCCCAGAAGAGAGCAGGAUCACGCUUGUGUUCGGAUUUGUUUCACAUGGAGUGAGUUGAGGAGGAUUUCUCAGUUAGAGGGAGAGCAGUUCAAGCAUUAGAUACUCGUCUAAUAUCAUAUUUAUUUGUGUUUGUUUAGCCUGAAAGUGAGGAUAAUCAAACAGGUGGAAAAACACUGACCACCCCUUUUCCCUGUGUAGUCUCUGUGAGUUAUUUAUCAGGGUAAAGCCUUCCUGUCUUUUCACAACAACAACAAUCACGGCUUCCUUAACUCUGUCAUUUGCUCCGCGCUGAUUCUCAUACAACUUUAAUUUGUGCCUCCGCCUUUGUUGCCAAUGCUAAUGAUCCUCUUUCAGACUGCGGGGCUCUCCUCCGGCUCUCUCAGUGCCACCAUGGAACCAGCCUGUGGCAUUUCAAUGAAGCAGGCCACCUCACUGUGAAAGCACCCUAUUUUCACUGUGCCAACGGAAAACACGUGUGUGUCUGUGUGUGCGUCUGUGUGUUUUUUGCCAGCAUUUGAGCCUCUUAUGUAAAUGUUUGCAUGUAAAGGUGGUUUUUGUGGAGUUGUGAUUUGUUAUCAGAGGAUGAAAUGAACAGGACUCAAACAGCUGAUAAAGAAAGGCUCCUGUUUUGGACUGAGCCCAAUAUAAGGAGUGCUAGCUGUGUAUUGCACGCUCAUUUGUAUGCAUGCAAAGAGGGAAAAUGUGCAUCCGGUAUAAAAAAGAUAUCGGAAAGGAAUUACUUUACACGCUCCUGCUGUCAAACAUGGAGUGCAAGGGGAUAAAAACCUUAUGCAAACUGCACACACUCAUGCAGCACAGGGACAGGCAAAAAAAUAAACCUUAAAGUCUUUAAGAAAAUGCGAACAUUACGUUUAUUUAGAGUCCUGGAAAGUGGCUAUGAUGACUGAUAGCACAUUUGAUUAGCUGAAGAAUAAAGCAUUAAUUUGUGUGAUUAUCGUCAAAGAGACUCUUUAAGCGUCCUUUAUAUAGAGCAAAAUCAGAGCAAACCCAGCAAGAGUGUGUGCGUGUUUGUUAAUGAGCCUGCAUGGAGGCUGGAGGCAAAAAACGCCCAGAGCUUUGUUUUCUGAGUUGAAAUCACUGCUAUUAUUAAUCUACAUGCCUUGGGGACUUCUGGGCACUAUUUGCCAGAUAAUGUUUAUCACUUCCGCAAAAUAAAAGAUUAAAAAGUUUUAACUAUGGCCAAGCGUUAAGUUUAGCCAUUUGAUCAGUUGAAGUAUUGGCAGGUUACUGUUUUCCUGAGAAUUCAAUUCAGAAACCUCAGUGUUACCCAAGUCCUGACUGUCUGUCCUUUUCUGGUCUGCUGGUGCUGAAUCAUUCUGCUGUGUGCGGAUCACAAAUUGACAGGGUAAUACAGCCAGAGAGUGGAGAGAGAAUGAGAAACCCAGCAAAAGAUUACAUGCAUUUGUUCUGAAAUUCAUUCUGCAGCCAUCCUGUCCAUCCUCCGCCUGAACUGAGAAUACAUCUGCUUUCUACAUCCCUCCUCUCUAGUGCACAAGGCCACUAAAGUGUGUCUCUGCACUCUACCGCCCAUUGUCGGCUCUGCUGUCUCAGCUGAAGCCACCCAGGCCUGCAGAAGGAGCGCUGGUUAGUGUGGUUAUUAUUACUAUGGAGGCGGAGCUGGAAUGUCAUCUAUUUUGACACUCUGCAUUAUGUUUAACUCAAGGCUGGCCCCUACUAGUCCACGCCACAUUGGCUAGCACCAGCUAUGCACGGCCAGGAAGUGGUUACAUGUGUGCGAUGGCACACCCAUCCGCCCACACACUCUCCCAGCAUGCUGCAGUGUAUGGCGAGGGAUGGGAGUCGGCCAUUUGUGUUGAGUAAAAGGUUUAAGAGCUCUCAGGCUGUGGUUUGGUUGGUUUUGGUGCUCUGCCCUUCUCCGCCCUGUAGAUCCACACAUCCUCACCAAAAUCUAUCCGUAUAAACCGAACACACCAGAGGCUAAAGGAACAUUUUGGGAAAUAUAGGUGUUCCCAUGCUUGAUAUACAUUCACCCACCUGUAAAAGAUUUCGUGGUCACACCAGCUGUGUAGCAACUCAUAUUUUGAAAUGAGGGCGAUGUUAUGUAGCUCAUAAUAGGAUUAGGUUUGGCAGAGUUUUCACACUUUUUUGCAUAUUCUGAUCAGGUAUGAGGCAUAUUUUGCUUGUCUCAGUAAAAUCUGAUGCCUCCUGGUGUUAUUUCUCCCCGGUCUGAGAUACUGUUUAACUGAUAUCGUUUCUCCAGAUGCUCAGAUGUAUGGUUUAUAGUUUAGAGAACUUGCACUGUAAGCAGCCGCUCAGUGUGGCUUCUCCCAAUGUUAAAUGUGGCCUGGCAGAAAACUGUGAUUCCUCUUUAUGUGAGCAUAUGUUACCUCCCCACUCACACUCACACAAGAGAGAAAGAGAGAGAGUGAGAGAGGGAGGACAUAUAGAUGUUUCCAGGGCGACACUUCUGCCUGCCAAAAAGGAAGCACCUCUCAGACCAUGAACCUCUCAAGACAAAGUCGUUUUCAAGGAAUGCCAAAAUCAUUCCCCCCUGAAUCUCCCUCUCAAGGCAGCUCUGUAUACCCAGAGAACAAUUGGCCAUCACUGCACUGAAUCCCUAAACCGAGGCUAGUGCUGAGGCAUGAAAUGCAGAGCUGAAGGGCCUUCUUAAGAGGAUGCAUCCUAUGCGUAGCAAGCUGGCAAGCGUGGCCUGCAUUGAGCUCUGCAAGAAAGCUAUCAGGUUUUCAACACAAAUCUUCCAAAUUCAUGCUAAACUCCCCGGUAGUGCCUCUAACUGCCCGAACCCCGAAGUGAGUGUGCACCCUUUAGGCUUUUUGACAUGUUGAACACUGCAGGGGUGCAAGGAGAGAUGCCAGAGAGUAAUCUGCCCCUUCUAAGACCCUUCCUCUCUAACAAAGCUGGACCGCUGGAGCUUUCUGCUCGGAGGCUUUCUCGGUAUGCUGAGGGAUGUUUUAACUAGCAAAUGUUUAACUUUUUUUAUUACCACAGUGUUGUGUAUUUAUCAUUGUGGAGCUUUGUUACUGCUUGGCCUUUGCAUGAGUACAUGACAAAUUGUUUAAUCUCGGUCUCUUCAAGCUGUGCGUAAAAAUUCAACUACUGUCCCACUGUUGUUCCCGUGGACUGUUCGCAUAAUAAGUCUGGUGAAAGAGAACAAACCUGCAUUGUUCAAAUGAAGUAUUUAACAGAGAUUGAGCCCCUGUUACACAUACAGACACACACAUCCUUUAUUUCCCUAUGCAAAAGACAUUUAUGAUACAGUUGGCUAUCAAACAAUAGGCUGCUUGUUUUUGUAGGAAAUUACCAGAAACAAAUGUAAUUCACAUAAUACCCUUACUGUUUUGCAAUGUUAAUCCAUCCCAGCUUUGAAUUUGUUCUUUUUCACCGUGAACUUACAAAGUAAUGGCUCACAAUCUAAAAAUAUACAGAGGAUUUGUUCACUUGAUGUGGGAACUCAAAGGCUCCAAAGCUCUUUGCUUUCUUGCUAUUUCAUCUGACCGGCACAGGCUGACACAACAAUUGGUCUCAUAGUUAACGGAUGUCUUCUUGCAUUGAUUCUUCUCAGCAGACACAAGGACAGUACUUUUCCCCCCACAGUCUUGUCUUAUCUUUGUCUCUCUGACCGGAUAUGCUGGACAGACCAUUCAAGGCCUUUGACUUUGGAGAUAAAACGGCUGUUUUCAAGGUAACGUUUGAGGAGUUUUUUGAGGAGUGAAUAUAGCGUAGUUUCAUGCUGCUGUGCAGUGAGUAUAGUCGAUUCAUCAGUUGGCUUAUCAAAAGUAUUAGCGUUGGAAAGUAUGACAACUUCUUCGAAUAAAUACCACAUAUAAGGUGGCAUAUUAAUUAUGCCAGAAUUGACCUUCAAAAUCUCAGCUCUGUGGAAGUCCCACUGAGCUUUUUUUGGUCCAACAGAGGUCUAAUAGACGUCUAAAUGUAGCCUAGAUGACUGGUCUAAGAUCGGGCAACCACAGGUCUAAAAAUGAAAGGUUUUUUUAGACGUCUAAAUUGAAACCAAGUUUAGCCGGCUAACGGAGGUCUAUACUCAUACUACACUGUAUAUUGCUCGACGGCUAUCUUUUCAUUUUGGUUAAGUGCUUGGAGAUCAGUUAUGCAACUCACAGUUGCCUUUUUAAAUAAAUAACUAUCAAAUAAUGGGUUAAAGUGCAACGUCUAAAAUUCAGACGAAAAACAUACAAACUGUAGUUAAAAUUAGGUGUAAAAAAAAAAAAUAGAUAUCCAACAGCCGUCUGUUGCUUAGUGGGGUAUUUUGAAAUGCGUUAAACAGUCAACAAAAUAGAUACUUGCAGGAUAAGAGGAAAAAUAAGUGCAAUGUUUAAAUGUGCAACUCAAGAACAAUCAUCUUGAACUGCACCAAAGAGUCAAUAAACAAUGCUUGGCAAUGCUAAGAUAAAUUGCAGUGACCAACAAGCCCUUAAUCAAAAAUUCAUUGACAUUAUUGCUGUCUAUAACAAAGCUUUGAGCAUUAUGGGAGAUUCAAGUUGCCGUGGGCUAAUGGUGUACACAAAGCCUCACUGUGCUAAAGGUUUAACUAGCAUUACUGUCAGAUAUAGCCUAGUCUGAACUGCACAGCUUUGUCCAACCUUGUAUCAGUUUGUCUCAUUCUCUCAAUAAAAGUAUGAAUAAGCCCAUAUAUUAAUUACAUAAUAAAUGAAAAGGAUUGCUGAUAUUCAGAAUAACCAACAGGAAUUGCUGUAAAUAGACUCAGAGCGGACUUCCUUAAGUUUGAGGGUCAUACAUGUUCAAAAUGUGAAGUGCUCUAGCCUUGGUAUGUGGUUAGCGGCCUCGGUGUGUGGCAGCUGGUGUCAGGGUGCAGUUUAACAGCUGAGGGUUCACUGCUGAUGUUGCAAGUGUACCCCACCCACCCAUCCAACCACACAUACACACACUUUAUUUUCUGUACAGUACAAGACUCCACUCUGAACAAGGCGCUAAAAGAGAGAAACUAUAGAUAACAGACAUGUAUAUGCACACACACAGGAAAUGAGUCACAGAUACAGUCAUUAUGUCUGUAUCUCUUCAUUGUCAGACCUCCUUUUCUUAUGAUGGCAUGAAUGAAAGCUGCUGUUUUCAACCCUUCAUUAGUCAUUCAUGAUCAUUUCAGUCUGUCAGCCUCACACAUGCUCUCCCUCACUCACUCACUCACUCGCACACACACACCUUUAGACAGUGACUAAGCAGCAGCGUCUCCUUGAGCAAGGUCCAUUGCGUAUUCCCAGACACAGACGGGCUUUGUUCACACUCUGUUUGCUGGUCUGAGCGAGGCUGUCACUGGCACUGACUCGGUUAACAGACAGAUGGAGAGAUAGAUGGAGGUGGAGUAAUCGCUGGAUACUUUCCCACAGUUUCCCCCCAGAUGGGAAACUUCCCCCCAUGCAUCAUCAAACCUGUCUCUUUCGCUUACUAUCAAAGUUAGUAAAGUGGAUCAGGGUAACCUAGAACUGUUUAGUUUUCGACCUAAUAUUUUCACUCUUAUGUGGACAAUACAACAGUUAAAGUAUUGACGUUCAUUUCCUUUGAGGAACCAACCUGUCAAACCCCACAAUAUAAGAAAUUUUAGAAAUUCAGCCCCUGCAGUAUCUCUGUAGUAGAAAUUUGGCAGGCAAAUGUACGAUGUCGAGCUCUGCCAAAAGGCCAUUUUGGUUUCUGUCUUCUUUUGGACUUCUAUUGUGGUAGCACUUUUACUACCAGUCCCCCAGGAAGUUAAUCUUCUCAUGGAAAAUCUUGGUUGGCACAUAGAAAAAUCUGUGACAGUAAAAAGUUCUCAUAUGACAAAUUGAAUGGCACUGAGUCACAUAAGAAAAAAAUGAGAUUAGUGUGUGAAUGAUGUGCGAAACAAAAAAAAGGGAUUGUUUAUUCUAUGUAAAGAUUGGGAAAGCGGCUGCUACCAUCAUGUCUAAACCUGCCCUCUGCCCUGUGAGCUUCCCCAUCCCUCCGCUGUUUCUUUCUUCCUAAUCUAUCACCGCCUCCGCUUCCCCAGGAGAGUCACAUUAUGUGGGCCGCAUCACCUCUCCGAGGCUCAGGUCCCCCGACACAGCAGCAGAGUUUGUUCUCCUUGUCUAGUGCUGUACCGCUAACCCACUUUCCUGAUCCAGAUCAGAGACAAGGGAGGAAGUCCUCUUUUGUCUUUACCUCUAGACAGCUGUAGAAGAUUACUGUUUGUUUUAAGUCCCUUUAUCUCUCAAUCAUAUAUUUUCACUGUUUGUCUUUGUGCGCAUCAUCGCACAAGAGACCUUAAACAGAAUCCAUGGUGCCUGUGUCUAACAGACUGUAACCCAGAACCCGACUGCCUCAUGACAAAGGUAUCUCCUUCCUGUGAACAUAAGACCCCCACUGUGUACUGCUCUGUAAAACAUUGACAAAAACUCACACACGCAAACACACACGCACACACAAAUUCCAGUGUGGUUUCAUUUACAGUCCUGUUGUCAGCCCCUUUGACUUAUCACUGAGGGCUCAGAAACAUGAGAGGAUUUUUGUCUGUGUGGAAAAUUGCAACUCUCCCAAAAAGAAAAAAAGGAGAAAAAAAAUGCUAGACACCUAAAAUAACAGUGGCAAGUGCAUGCUAUUGUGUAACUUUGCAAAUCCUGCAGGAAUUACCGAAACAAAUACGGAUUUCAUGGUAAUACAGAAGGCAAGAUAUGUCUGGGUUUUUGCAAAAUUUUGGGGAGGAGUUGCAAACUUCAGUUGGAAAUAUCUGCAACACACUGUUUUAAGUCGGCAUUAACCCACAUAUGGAGGUGAGGAAAAGACAAACUUUUGCAGUCUGCAUGAAUCAGUUACAACACUCUGAGGGACAAGCUAUUAACCUUCACUCCACACAUCAUUAAUGUUCAAGAAAAAAGGGCCGCUCCUCUGUCACCCUGUCAUGCUGCUUCUUCUCCACUCCUUGAGUCUCUUCUUUCUUCUGUUUUAUUUCUAAGUCAAAGCGUUUUUUAUCCUCUUGCCCCUGUACACCACAUAACUCCCUGACUUUACUGUGAAAUAGAGUCAGAGCUUCUCCUUCAUACAAAGAAAUGCUCUCAGAGAGGAAUCAAUACUGUGAAAUGUUUCUAGGCACAUUAGGUGAGUGUGUGUGCUCGCUGGUAGGUGUGCUGUUCAUGUCUGCUCCCGCUCUGAUUGUACCUUUGUUUUCACUUUGUGUAAUCACACCGGGUAACUAAGCGAUGAGUUCGACCGACAUGCCCGCUGUGAACUGUGUGUAAUAACCAACAUCUGUAGCUGUUCUGUUGAUGGAUUAGUUGUACUGCAGCUUUAACCUCAAACUGUUUAAAAAGACCAAAUAAUUUAGGGCAGGAGAGAGUCCGCAUUCCCCUAUCGCAGGUGUAGCCGGGGCCAGCGGAUCACUGCAUGAAUUUGUGUGGAGGAGAGGUUAAAGGGGCAAAACCACCAAUGAUGCCGCUCCAUUUUCUGAUGAUGCCGAGCAGGUGUUUCACUUUAUAGGAGCAGAUGGGUCUAUUAUGCAUGUCUGCCUUUCCCUGCAUGCUGCAUAGUGCACAAGUCCCUGCCAGCAUGCCUGUGUUUUAAUGUGUUUGUUUACUGGGCCCAGUGGCAGACGGCGUACUGUCAGAUCUGGUUGUAUCCUCGUCUUUUUCUUGCUGAUUCGGCGAUUCCUUUCAUCAUGUCUGGUGCUACUUCCCUCUUAUUGCCUGUUUUUUAGGAAGAAAGACAGCGAUGAGUUUGAUAAAUGUUUACUAAUUUGGAUUCAGAGGCUUUGUAUUCUGAAGUUUUGAAAGAUGUUGUGAAUUUAUGUUCAUACAGUGAAGUGAAAAGGGGAGACGAGGUGGUAAAAAUGAAAAGGAAUAAAUCAUAACAACGUUGCUGGAUCUUGUUGAAUUACACUUUGUGCUCUUUAGCUAAGCUGGCUCUAUAAAGUCGAAGAUGCAGCUGUAAGCACUAAAAAGCUCCUACAGGGAGUUUUUUGAUGUUAAUGAAACUGAUGGAAAUUCAUAUUGAUGACAAACGAGUUUAAACAAGGCCGUUAUUGACAAGAUUGACGAUUUUGUGUCAUAAUUUUUAAUUCCUAAACUGGUGUGAGGGGUUGGGUGUUAGCCAGACAGCUAAAGAAACAAUUCCCGUAUAAGAUAUUCUUAUUUAAUGACACUUUUGACCGUCAAAAAUCAUCAAGCAAAGGCUGCCAUGUCCACAAAAGGCGCCAUAAUCGCCAUAACAUGUAGGAACGAGCAGGAGCAGCAGCAGCUAGCUUGCCAGAAAAAGAUGAUCAAACACUUUUAAAACUGAUGUCCAAAGAUUUAUUAUGAAUCCGAAAACAAAUGCAAGAGUAAAAAUGUCAUAAUGAACCAUCACAAACAGUGGUUUAUGAGGUGAUCUCCUCUCUAAAGAAGUUAUAGUCAGAGUGCCAAUGACAUUAAGAAGAUAAACUUUGAGUAUUACACGAGUGAACCAAUUAGAAAGUUUAAACCGAAAGUUUAAGAAGUUUCACUCCACCUUUGCUUUACAAUUAUUGUGACUGAUGGUGCCAUCUUUUUCCAGCUUUCCACUCAUACUGUGAUAUUUCCAUUUCAUCUCAUCUUUGUAUGUUUAUGACCUCUCAUCAACCUCCCCUAAAAGUUACAAUUGCUCCAAUUUGCUCCAAUAAAAAGCUAUGAACUUAUCCACAAUUGCUGACUCCUCAAAUGUGGGAAUUCUCUGCUUGUUUAUCAUUUUAUAUUUCUAUAUCAUCUUUGAUUUUCAGGCUAUGUUUGAGACAGAAUCGUAUGCUUAAGUACACCACAGUAAGCUGUCUUAUACAAUGUGGUGCAUUAAUCUUUAAGACUCCAGUGUGUCUUUUAUUUAUUUAACUCAGCUCUCACCAGCAGAAUCCCUGAAGUCGACACUAGCCAGUCAGGUGAGACAACCAGCAGACAAAGAGAUGUUUGUGUGGCUGAUGACUAAGCUGAAACUGUUUUCACAAAGUUAUACAUAAAAAAAACGUCAUUUUUUUCCCCAAAACAAACGCUCCACGAUCACCAGCACGGGAAAUGUAUAAUCAGUGAGAGAGUUGAGUUGAGAUGUCUGUUAAUGUGGAUUAGACAGAAUCAAUGAGCAGAGUGAUUUCUCCAUAUUGACAUCAUGUUCAGCACCUUGUUAAAUCUCUUAUCUCAUUAGACAGUUUCUGUGAGCUGAGCAGGAAUCAGCUGGAUUUCAAGAUGUUUUUCCUGUCAGCCUGAGCUACUGUCUCCCCCCUCAAGUCCCCUCUGCAGAUGUUUAGAUCUUUUUAUUGCUUCUGCAGAUGUUUACACGGGAGGCUGCUGUUUUAAAUGUUACUGAAGCAGACUUUUACUACAGACAGCAGCUCUACAAACACAUGUUUCAUGGUCUGGCUGAAGCGACCUCAUUGUGCAUAAAUUCAUGUUUUUGAAGCCAUGAAUUUAUAGAUGGAACGAUAAGUUUUGUUGUGUCUGUCUUUGUCUUUGUCUCUUAUUCUUGUAUCUGAGUCAUGUCUGGGUUUUUUUGCAGGAAACAUCUGCUUUGUUCUUCUUUGUUAGGUUUGAGGGCUGAUUCUGGGAAGCUGCCAGAGCGCUCUGGCUCCUCGCCGUUUUGUGUAUUUGUGUGUGUAUGACUGAGUGCUGGCGCCAGGUCUUCCUUCAUAGCUAUGAGUAAAAUUGAGAAAUAAGAUGGCUCCUUAAAACCAGGUGCUAAACAGACUCCCUGGUCUGUUAUUGCUGAUGAUAAGUUGAGCUGCUUCAGCUUUUUUUGAGCUGGUCCAUGAACUGUGACACAUCCAUCCUGUCCUUUCAUUUCUAAGAGAAGAAGAGCAGCAGCAGUAUUAUUCAUGUGUUUAUGCUUGGCGUCAUUUCCAACAUUACUCAGGUUUUGAUCAUGUUUCUAGAGCAGAACGUUCUUUACAAAAUGCAUCAUCGUAACACUCUCUGUAUCUAAUCUGAACGUAGAGUCAAGAUCAGUCACUGACUCACCUAAUAACAAGGUAGACGCUGGGUGAGAUUUAGCGAUGACAUUAGUGCGUCUCUGUGUCUGAGUUAUGACUGUGUGGCUGUCAGCGCCGGCCGCUUUUUCAUGCUCUAUAAUCGAGAAUUGGUGACCUCCAGGGGGAUUUUUUCCCCCUGAUACGUGUGGUUUCACAGCUCCUGUCUUCACACGCUGAGCAGAUGUGACCCCACGCCCGCUGUAACACAGCCGUGUAAUUUAAGAAUUCAGGUCCUGUGAUAUUCAAAUCUGAGGAGGAUUACUCUUUUUUAAGUAGAGAUGUUUGAACUGCUGCUGGUCUGGUAGUCUUUUCCCAUUUUGCUCAAACUUUUUUAUUUAUUUUGAUCAGCACACUGUCACAGGAAAUUUCGUUGUUUGCCUUUGUGGCCAAUGUAAGAUUAUUGUUGGUGAAGUCUUUUGAAGAUCUUAAAGGGAUAUUUCAGCUUAACAUUAAGUUAGGCUCAAACACACCGUAACACCGAGUUAGACACCCAGUCGUGAGGUUAAUGUUACCUACCCUUUGCUCGUCUAGAACAUUUAUGAUCAUUACUUUAUCAUUUCCUUGAAGUAAUAAUCAUCAUAUCAAUCAUUCUGCACUGCAGACGCGGUAGUUCUUCUGCCUAGUGUCUCGAUCAGAUUGCAUUUCCAUGAAGAAAUGAUCAUAAAUGUUCUUCCUUGAGCUGCGUCACCCCACAGCAGUCCGCAAUGGUCUGGCUCGAGGUCUCCAUACAAACAAGCGGCUGCUGGAAGAGAGUAGGUUAGUCUGUUUAGUCUCUUUGCUAAAGGAAUCAGGCAAAGUUAAAAAGAUGUUUGAUGGCUAGUACUAUGGCUGGGACCCUAUUUGUACUGUUGAUGAAGUUAGGUGCUGUUCUGAGCAUUAUUUGUGGCUAUUGAGUGGCGUUUUGGUUGAAGUUUGUUUAUGGCUCCUCAGACCACUGUGUAUUGCUAUCGUGCGGUCGUUUCUGCAGUUGGUAUAACUAGAGAAGCAAGCGGUCAGCAACAUUCAUCUCUCAAGGGGUGUCUAACUGUGUGUUUAACCCUAACUUAAUUUUUUGCUGGAAUAUCCCUUUAAAUUGUGACUAAUACCCAAAAAAAUUUCCAGAUCUCAAAGUUUUCAGAUAGCUUCUGUUAAUAGGCCAAACCCUGUAAAGUCAAGUUAUCACAUAACAAAAACAGCCAAGUUUGACAUCCAAUAAGUUACCCUAAAGAGUGUGUGUUGACAGAGCAAUAGAUUAGAUAUUCAAAAGAUUUGUGGAUUAGAUUUCUUUUGACUCCUCCUGUGAUUGAUGGAUUAAUUGCGUGGCUCUGCAUGUUAAACUGGAACAGAUUAGAAACCUUGUGUUUGGCAGACUCCGUCUUCAGUUUGCGGCUCCAAAUCAGAUGAGAAAAAUCUUUUUCCUUCCCUGUUUUUUGGGGCAAUCAACCGAGUGAAUUUGUAAAAAUCCCCUGAGGGAAUUUUCUGUGAUAACUCUGUCAUUGCCAUCUGAGGGAAACAACACACAAAGUUUGUCUGAUACAAACAAACAAACAAGCAAACCUACAUCAGCUGCAGUCGUCUCAAAAUGUCAGACACUGUAUUUUCUGAGUGUUGGUGUUUACUAUGUUCACUUUGUUUAUGUCUGUUUAUCCAUAAGUGUUUGGUUUUGUGUGUAAGUUUAGAUUUGGGUGUGUGUGUGUGUGUGUGUGUAGGCUUCAGUGUGCUUCAAAUGUGGGUGGGUUUCAGUUUUCAAGUUGCGUCUAGAUGACACUCAGGGCGCUUUGUUGUGGUUUGGGGCCCAGCUGGUCGGGGGCCCUCCACUGUUUCACUGCACAGAUAAUGUGUUUAAAGUUUUAAAGUUAGCCUCUAACCUUUAGCACAAACUUAAAGAAGUGAAGGGGAAAGGUUGUAAUGCUUUUUGAAGCAAUACGAUAGUGCUGAUCAAAUCUUGAUAACAUUUGAAGGAUCAUUUUUCAUGUGCUGUUUUUCUUAACCAUUUAUGAUGAAUCUUCAUAACCUCCGUCCUCUUUGCCCUUUCUUGGUUGGUCUGAACUCUGUGUCCUGCAGAUCACAGAGUUUGAUAAUAUUUAGGUUUUAUCGUUAUUUCUUACAAAUAGAGUUUUGUUUGUGAAGCUUGUGCCUUUAUUCCAUCGGUUCAAUCCAGUUCAUAAGUGUAAAUUAAAGCUCCUAUGAGGAACUUUAGGUUUGUGUCAACUUUGUCGCCCCCUGUGUACAAAAAAGUGAUUGCGUAUCCUGUCAUCCACAUGGUUUACUGACUCUCAAAAAAGUUCUCUUGCUGCUGACUUGUGACAGUCAAAUAUAUCACUUGUUUUAAUUAUUUUGAGGACAUUCUUAAAAAACAUGACUGUUUCUUUAGCUGCUUUGCUGACACUUUCUCCUCACACAAGCUUUUAUGAAUCCAGAAACAAAAUAUCAUUUCAGUUUUAAUGGACAGGGAACAUGUGUGAUUAUGCAGGUUUUAAUGAGCUCCAGGGUUGGAAGACUUUCUGUAAAGACAAACUGAAGCUAAAAAUUGAAGGUGGUUGCGUAAAGCUUUUGAUGUAGACACACACCACGGUUCAUUAAAUGAGCUUCUGGUCCUGAAAUGUUUUCUACACUCACUUGACGUUGAUGCAGACUACAGCUUUGAGGCAUAAUAACUCCUAUAUGGACAGGAUCAAUAGACGGGUAAUAAAUAUUGCCUUUACUGCUACAAAUAAGAAGUCAUUUUGCUGAUAUGGCCAAGCUUUCACGCAGUAAGUUGAGAUAUAGCGUGAUGGCUGAGGGGAAAAGAAAAAAUCAAGGAAAAUAUGUGAUCAUAGAAAAUAUCUAAAAUACAGACUUUGAUAUUUGUACAAUAACCGCAAAUCAUUUUGUUGAUAAAGAGUCAAACAGUUACAGCCGUCUUCCAUUUCGAAAAACAUUCAAAUUUAAGAUCAUCAUUAGUCCUGUGACUGAAAGUCUUAUGGAGCAAACACCACAACAUUAACGAUUCUCAUGCUUUUAUUCACUUGUUUUUCUAUCUUGUGUUUCAGGUGCUUUAUUUCCUGUAUGGUGAAACAGUACUUUUAUAUUGAAGUAUACUACAUGUAGUAGAUCAUCAGUUGUGGCUCUGAAUGAAACCAAUAUAAAAAAAUAAUACAGUGAUAAAAGUAGAAAUGAUCAAUUGAUUAGUAACCAAAAGAGAUACUGGCUUUGACAUGUUUUUGGAUUCACAUUAAAUCUUGGAAAAUCAGUUUUUGAAAUAUCUUAUUGGGCCUGCCAGCAGCCUAAUACCUCCUCUUUGUCUAUCCUCAGUUGAAAGAUACUCAUUGUUACCAUCGAUGCCAUUGUACUGCAACAGCCUUAGUUGACACAUUACAGAUUUUCCACACACCCCCUAAAAAUUGUGAAUAUAAAAGGUUAGCUAAAGAUUUUGUAGGUUGUCUGUUUGACUCUUGCAACUUGACUUGCCAAAUAAUCAACCACCAGCAAAUAUGGCAGGAGGUAUUACAGCAAAUAGAGAAUGGUCGCCAUCGCUACGGCAGCUUAACAAAUACAAACAAUCCUUUUCAUGUCCUGCACUGAGAAAAUGACUUUAUGUAACUGUUUUAUAUUCACCUGAACACAAAUAGUAUUCAUCUGCAACAAUCCUUGUAGCUCAAUACAUCACCACAGACUGACAGAGUCCCCCUCGGCUCUGACUCCAGCAUGUUUCCUCCAGCUGAUAUGGUGUAGGGACGGGAAGUUCACCAUAUUUCUCCACACUUCCAUCCAUAAACAUGAAAUCAUACCGACCAUUGUCCUGAGAGCAAUACUACCCCUUUCAGAACAUAUUAUGCAACUGCGCCGCUGUUUUCUCCAAAUGGCCAUAUUUUCUAAUCUCUUCAUGUAAGAGGUGAUUAAUGCGAGUGUUUUGCUUCCUGUUUUUGUCCAACCGCAGAGGUAGCCUUGGCUGACUCUGUAACACACAUCACUUUUACUCUUCCCCCGUGGCAGCCAAUUAACCGACUGGCUCCACCACAGUUAGAUGGAGUCUUUAGCCACAGCCUGUUGAAGCAUUGUCCCAUCAGUGCUUGAUCACCAUUUAACUAAAUAAAAUCCCAGUCAGGCCUGAAGCUGCGAGGCCUUUUCACUCUCGGAACACCUGCUUUUGACUCGUCUUCUGUGGCCCCAAGCCAAGAAUCAGUGAGGCUCUGUGUUUGAGCUGGUGGCCCGCCUACCUGCCUGCCUGCCAGCAUGCCCUGUCAUUGAGAUAAUAGCUGUUUUCUGUCUGUUUCUGUUCAGCCUCUGGGCUUUGUCAUGAGGUGUCGGUCUUUGUGUUGAAUUGUACAGAGAUUUACCUGCAGUUUGGAGCUGCUGCUGCUGCUUUAUUAGAGAGACUAAAGAGACUAAAUGGAUUACGUGGUUUUAGAAAAAUGAACUGUUGUCAUUUUUCUUGUUCAUUCUUGAAAAACAACAUCAGCCCAGGAGGCAAGUCUGUUUCAACAAAACACCAGCGUUUAAGGAGUUUAAGUUUUUGUCAAAGGGAAUAUUUUUUACAGUGCAGCAGCAUUCAAGACCCACUUUCAAACUGAAUAUGACUACACACAGUGAUAUAUGAGCUGAAUGCAUUCACACACACUUGCACAAGACCAGCUGAAUGUUUUGUGAGCCCUCGCCCUCCAAGCAUUCACCUCAACUAUUUCUCCUUCCACCUCCAGAACAAUAAAUCUCCUCUCUGGCUGUGUGUAUGUUGGUGUCUGCAAUGGAUUAGCCGGGUGAUUUAAACUUUAAGGGUGGAGGCUUUUCUUGGGGAAAUGACCCGGCAGCUUUGCUACCGGCACCCCUGGCUGCUCCCCUCCUCUCCUUGAAGGUGAAAGGGCUUUUUACAGCUCCUUUGUUUUCACUGUUUGCUGGAGUGAAGGAGUUUAGAGGACAUUUUCCUGGGUGAUGGAGGGCCAGGGGGAUACUUGAGUGGAGAGGAGGGGGCUAAAAGUCAAGUCAAGGUGGUAUACAUCAAAAUCAUCACCCUAAUGUUUUCCUCUCUAAAACUUAAAGGGAUAUUCUGGCAUAAAAUUAAUUAGGGUCAAACACACCAUAACACCGAGCAAGACAACCCCUUGAGAGAUGAAUGUUGCCGACCACUUGCUUCUCUAGCUAUACCAACUUGAGUAACGACUGCAGGAUGGCAAUACACAGCGGUCUGAGGAGCCAUAAACAAACCUGAACCAAAACGCCACUUUACAGCCACAAAUAAUGCUCAGAACAGCACCUAACUUCAUCAACAGUACGUAUAGGGUCCCAGCCACAGCACUAGCCACCAAACAUCUUUUUUACUUUGCCUAGUUUCUUUAGCAAAGAGACUAAACACACCUCACCUACUCUCUUCCAGCAGCCGCUUGUUUGUAGUGAGACCUCAGGCCAGUCCAUUAUGGACUGCUGCGGGGUGACGCAGCUCAAGGAAGAACAUUUAUGAUCAUUUCUUUAUCAUUUCCUUGAACUAAUGAUCAUAAAUGUUCUUCCUUGAGUUGUGUCACCCCGCAGCAGUCCGUAAUGGACUGGCCCAAGGUCUCUGUACAAACAAUCGGCUGCUGGAAGAGAGUAGGUGAGUUGUGUUUGGUCUCUUUGCUAAAGAAAUUAGGCAAAGCUAAAAAAAGAUGUUUGGUGGCUAGUGCUGUGGCUGGGACCCUAUAUGUACUGUUGAUGAAGUUACAGUGGAGUUUUGGUUGAGGUUUGUUUAUGGUUCCUCAGAUCACUGUGUAUUGCUAUUGUGCGGUCGUAACUUAAGUUGGUAUAACUAGAGAAGCAAGCGGUCAGCAACAUUUAUCUCUCAAGGGGGGGUGUCUAACUCGGUGUUACGGUGUGUUUGACCAUAACUUAAUUUUACGCCGGAAUAUCCCUUUAAAGAUGUAAGGGAUAAUCCUCUUCUCUGAAAUAAGUCAGUGACCCCUCCCCGCGCGCCCCCGUAUGUAGAUGAAUACCGGAAGAAUGAGUGAGCUUUAAUUGAAGUGCCUUAGCGCCCAUUGUGACGCCGGUUUCCUGGUGAGGAGUGGGCUUCGUGUUUGCGCACCCUCGUCUCACCCACGACUCACAAUGACUGAUUCACACACACUCAAAACACACGUGCCUCUUCCUCUCUUUCUCUCCACACACUUGCAAACACACAGCUGUCUGAGGUCCACGAGUGACGCGCUGCAGAGGAGGACAGGAUGAGUGUUUGACUCACUGCUGGACGUGUUUGCUCUGAAGAGGUUGACUGUACACAACUUUCCCCACGGCAUGAAAGCGGAACCAUCAGUCCACUUUGUGUCUCCAAGUCUCAUGGCGUAAACUUUUGGAUUUUCUUGUUUUGAGGGGACCGGAAACUGGGUUUAGAGUUCUCGCCAUUGGACUUAAAACCUUUUUUUGUUGUUGAUAUCAGUGUAAUCGCUGCACUUAAAAGUAGGCAGGCCUAAUUCCUAUUCCUAUAUCGUGAUGUAACUAAACUCUGUGAAGUCAACGCUUAAUUUGGAUGCAGAUAUUUGGAUAGAUUCGGUAAGACUUUCUAAGAGAGACUUAUAUUAAUAUUUAAAACGUUGAGCAAUAAAAGAUUGAAGCGAUCUGUGAUUCUGGGGAAUUGUGCCAUGAAAUAUGUAUACGGAUUUGCCAAAUGUUUGUGACCCCCUGACCUACUAAGCUUUAAAUUUUACUACACAAAUACAUACUCCAUGUCGUUUGGUCUUUGUUAGACCACAGCACAAACGUGUUUCCGAAUAAGUCUAUCCAAUAGCGUAUAAUUUUUUAUUUUUUGAAAACUGUUAUCUUAAGUGGCCAUUUGUUUGGUGAUCUUGGUGAAAGAUCAUUUACACUCUCGCCCUCCUGAGGAGCACCAGCUGACACGCUUUUAAUUUCUCCAUUUAUUAUCAGCCUGUUAAAAAAGAACAAAGCUCCCCACCCCUCUCCGCCUGUGUAGUCCUGUGGUAUUUGCUAUUUGUUUGCUUAAAAGGGCGUGGGGGCUCCUACAGUAAUCUCGCCCUCUGUUUCCCCCCCUCUUUCUUCUUUCAUAAAGUUCAUUACCAUCACCAGAGACGCGUCGUAGGGGUUAAUGUAGCGCCGAGUUGGGGCGCGUCAGGGCGCACACAGUGGUCUAGUUGUGUCGAUCACUCCCGCAGAGGCGAUGCCCUUUUGUGGAGAGGUCUCUUGUCACACAGAGGACAGACGGCAUUCGCAGCUGGGACCGGGGACACAAAGAGGAGGACUGCAUUUUAAAAGGCUUCAUUCUUCCUCCGCUACCGCUGGGUGUUGACUGUGGGUGUUUGAGAGAAUCUUUGUUGCCCUGCAGGAAAGUAGAGAAGAAGAAUACGCGCUGUGGACGGGCUGGAGGGAUUUUCACGGACAUGAUUAUCACAGUGCAGCCUGUGCGUGCAUCCAAACCACAUCUAUCGUCUUUCCCGGAGUGACUUGUGUUGUUUUGGAUAACUUUUACGCAUUGCUUUACGCACGAGUCGUGAGUGAACAGGACAGCGUCAUAAUGAACUUUCUCUCCUCAGUACCUGCGGGGUAGCGCUUUUCACCGGAUCACUGACUUCGAGAAGGGUUACCUUGUGGAUAUCUGCUUGAAGGAUGCCACUUGAUACGCUCGCAAACAUGGAGGAAAAACUUUGGAUAUUGGAGGAUCUGAAUAUGAUGUACAUCCGUCAGAUUGCACUCAGUCUACAGGUAAAAGUUUGUUUUGAUUGUCAGUUCACCGUGAGUUGUUUCUGAGCCUCUGCACGCGUUUUUGUGGCUCAUUUUUGCUCUCCAGUUUUAUACAAUCUCAAAGCUAUGGAGCGUGUCAGUGGAAGAAAUAUGUGUGAGCUCAUUCCUCGGACUAGUUUACUUCAUUUUCUUGAUCAAUAGACAAUCCACCCUGUGUACAAACAGCCUCAUCCAGGGACUGAAAUCUUUUUAGGACCUCUGCUGUUCAGUGCUUCAAUGUGUUAGCUGUCUGUAUCUGCAGCUGUGCCUAGGCGUGUUGUAAAGUUUACACAGGGGUUGGUUGAAGAAUCUCUCUAUGCGGACAAACAAGUGGAGCAGACACUGGUGUGGUCUCCCCAUUUGCAGAUGGCAAAGCCCUCACUGACAGCAAACAGAAAACAACGUUGCAUGCCAUCUAUCUUUCACUCUCUACGUCUCCCCCCUUCCCACUGUGAGUUCACACACAGUCCACAGCUGCACAUAUGGGCCUCAUAAGUCCCAAUGGGAGUGUGUGUUGGGUGUGUGUAGGCAAGAUUGUGUUCCUAGGAAAGACAACAGCACAAAGGUUCAUCAUAACUGGGACAUCGGUUCACCCAAAUCCCCGACUUUUUUUUAGAACAAAUAGUGGAAAAAAAGUGUAUUUCAUCGUGACGUGAGUUUAAGGGAAGAUUAGACACAUGGUCGCUGGAGAUGAUACAGGAAUUUCAAAGCGAAGUUCUCAUAUACUUCAUUUUCUGGCUCCGUAAUCCGAAAAAGAUUUAGGCUGUCUGUGCUGCAGAUGUUCAGCGGUGUAAGAAGCAGACUGUUUCUUUCUCACUAUAUCAAACAAGAUCUAGUCCAAAAGGCCCUCGGCUGUGCGACAUCAGGGAUGUCAGAGAGGUGAUAUCACUUGCUGGUGUGUCGUACCUGCCAGCAGUCUGGCGUAGGGUUCACAUGCGAGGUGUUUCUGUGUUUAUCUACCUGGGCCAAGUGCUGCAGAGCGUGCCAGGUGUCUGGCUUUCUAUCAAAUAAGAUAAAUGUGACUGCGAAAUAUGCCAAAUUCAACAUGUGCACAGCCGAGUGAAUUCUUAUUUUCCGAUGUUGUCAGUGUCUUUAAACCACUCAUUUAUCUCCAGAGCAUCUUGUGUUUGAAAGCACAUUGUGUAAAUGAUUUUCAUGAGGUUUUUUGGCGCCUGUGGCAUGAAAUGCACCACAAUGAGGACCUUUAAACAAGUUGAUCGAGCACAAAUCAGCACAUUAGAUCCUGUUACAGAGCUUUCUUUGAUGUAGAGACUUGUUUACUGCAGAGACAUGACCUGGAAAAUGGCACUCUGUGUGAAUAUUGAAUUUUGGGCAUUAAGGUGGAAUGUAGACAACAAGCGGGGCAUUUUCUGUCCCAGGAUCUUCAUCUAUUUAGGCGUUUUUUUGUAAUCCCUGAGAAUGCAAUUGCAAAAGUAGGAAUGCACAACAACAAGAUGAUGAGCCCUUGUUUAGCUGUGUGGGAAACUCCCUCUUCCUGCAGAGGCAGUUCAUAUGUUGGGGUCGUCUGCAGAGGAGCAUUACUCUGCAAGAAUAUCAGUUUGUCAUCCUUGUCUUUAACAGAGUAUUUUUGCAGGUAAACACUCACUUGUUUGCUCUCAUGCCCUCUCUCACUCCCUCCUCUCCCUUCCUUCCCUGCAUGUCUCCUCAGCCUGGGUGGGUUUAUGAGACAGGGAUUCUUUGUAUGUUGCUGAGCUGUACAGCCCACAGUCUAACUGUAAUUUCAGCUAUGGAUGAGUUUGGCCCAGGGGUAUUUUUUUAAAGCCCAGUUGGGACGACUUGCCGUUAUUACACUAUAAACCCUUUUCUUCUUCUUUUCUUUUGUACCUGCAGUGACAUUUUUGUGAGGGGCCUUUCCCACCCCAUGCUGUAAAUAUAUUUAAAACAUUAUAGAUCACAUAUAUGUUUUCCAUAAGUCGUUGCAGACGUUGUUUGAAAAAGAAAUUUAAAAAGUGAGAGACCUUGCAUGUCUUGAGGCUCCAGCAUUCCUCAGAGGUGCAUAAUUGCUGUGUCAGGAGAGCAGAGAGAGCAGCCAUUGUGUUAUUUUCAAGCUCAGUAGGAAGAAACAUUUCUGCUCUUCAGGUUUUAACAAGUCGGUUAUAAAAGGAAUGAGUGCAUUCCUGGCUCAAAUGCAUGGCCUUCUCCCAUCUUUCCCUCCUUCCCUCAUAUGAGACUUAGAGGACAGUCACCACUGCAAGUCCCAUGCAAAGUAUAUAUAAAAGGCGUUUUUCCCCCUAGAGCACAGGAAGAGAGAUGGCUGAUGGGAGACAGGAAAUGGUCUGGUGUAAUUAUUGUUUCCCACCAGCAGCGACAAACAUGAUGUCAUUGAACUCGCGUCUGUUUGUAGACACAUGCACACGCCACUUCCUGUCAGCAAAAUUGAAUUAACACAGAUUUAUUUUAUUGCCCUCUUUCUUUCUUCCUUUAACCUUCUCCAUCUUCUCAGGCUCUGUCCUCCUGUAUCACCCCCCUUUCCCUCACUAGAGCGGGCCGUAGAUGGACCUUUCUCCCAGGUCUAAUUUUAGCUCCAGACUUGACUGGAUAUUCAUCUAUCACUGCUCUGCCAGAGUUUAAUCUUGACAUUUGAUUUCAACUCAGAACAGCAGGAUUUGGGGUGUUGAGCUGCUUCAGUUCUCCUGGAGAUCGUACCCGUGAUAUCAUCUAAUUUAAGAUAUACGAGACUCUGUUUCUGUGUCACGCUGCUGUCAUUGUUCUCAUAAGGCAUUGUGGCACAGAUAGUCGUUGAAAUAUACUGAAAUAGCCCACAGUUCACUCUGUGAGUCUGGUCGCUUCAGUAUGUUGUAGACAUAACAAUCCAUGCAUUCCCAAGUGUCCUGUUACUUCAGCGUUUCCUCAGGAUGAAAUGCUGCUAAUUAGGUUGAUAAAUUACAUCUUUCAUUUCAUAACACAAAAUCUUACACAGGCUCUUAAAUCAAAACACACAAUAUAUUGACCCUACAAUGUUGCAGUCAUUGGAGUUCAGACUGUGACCCCGGUUGAUGAAAAGCUUUCGCGGGGGGUCACAUGGGAGUCUGUAGCCGGACUCAUGUUUGACCUCUCACACGCUCCCAAACCCUAAACUUAGCUGUGGCCAUGCCUCGGAUAGCUGUGUGGAUAGUUGUUGACAACACGGACAGGCCUGAAAUAUCCAGUGACUACAGCCUGUAUAAUCUGAUCUCAGGUCAGUGGUUAACCUGCAGCCUGUUGUUACUCUUCUAUGAAGGUGGACCUGUCUGGAGUUAGUUUGUCUGUGCAGAUUAACAUUUAAUUUAAAACUGCAGCUUUAUUAUCAUGUGUCUCUAGACUUCAUCUGUGGCCAUGUUGUUGUCUCUCAACUGAAUAUUAAUCAUUCUAAACAUCAUGAUAUAUUUGGGCUCAGGUUUCUAAAUGUAGAAAGUCCCUGUGGGUAAAGGCCGUAAUGAACUGCAGCUAAUCCCUGCCAGCUCUAGAACAGUAAACCAGCAUCUACAUGUGGACUCUGAUGACUUCCAAUCUGUAUGAUAAUGAUAAUGAAUUUGAAGUAAGAGCAAAGGUUAAUCUAAGUUAUUUUGGGUAGGGGUGUCACAACCUGCAUCUAAAAUCUCCAAUAUCAGCACUCUGAUACAAGCAGUCCAUUCCAGACUCCGCUCCGGCACCUCUAUCUAGCAGCGCUCUGAUCCAGCAAGCUGAGCCCACAAAAUCACAACAACAGUGUGUACUAAGGUACUAACAAAGUAGCAAGGAGUAUGAGUGAUGUCGGCCAUGUGGCAGUAAGUCUGAAAAAGACUUUGCAGCGGAGUAAAAAUUGUCAUGCACAAUUUUGUGCCAAUAUCGGCUCAAUAUCGGUAUCAGUCAAUGUUGAAAGUUACAAUAUCGGUAUCUUAUCAGAAGUCAAAAAGUUGUAUCGUGACACCCCUAAUUUUGAGACAUACAUUGUUCACUAUGAAGCAAAGUACCAUGCAUUUGUCCCUGUCAAAUCAACAGAAUAUUAUAAAAGGGAAAAUCCAUUUUUUACAACCAAAAACAUCAACUGUAUCCUCAGCUUUAAAGCUCCUGUAAGCGGAUUUCAUGUUCAUGACUUUGGCGCCCCCUGUGGACAAAGCAGUCUUAGCUAAAUGAUAUCUUGCACAUGUGUGAUCAAUGUUUCUUGACACAUAGAUCUCAUCAUGUUCUCUUUUGACAGUCAGAUUUAACCAUAGACCCUGAAGCCACCCCGAGAACAGUACCCUCUGGUGACGGGCUGCAGUAUAGGUCAUAAAUCCAGCCUCCUCCAGCCAUCCCUAUGGAGCUGUGGACAAAAUUUAGAAAUUUAUUGCAUAGAAUAUAAAUGUUUCUCACCCCUGGUUGUGAUGUUGACAUGUAGUUAUUUUAAGAGUGGUUUGUGCUCAAGUCCUCUUUUUUCUGUACAGCUCCAUUUUUAAAAGUUAUGAGGGAGGUUCAUGUUUUCUAUGAUUGACACUUAAAACAGCCCGUAGGCGUACGAAGAUUGCGUAGCUCACCUGGAGGAUACGUUGUUUGAGCCGAGUGACUCUCACCGAAUCUCCGUGUACAACGCUUCUGUGCAAUGUUGGUUUCAGGAAGUGGAGAGGAAAAACAGAAAUACUGAGAGCUUUUUUGCUUCAAAUCCUCAUACUAGUAGAAGGCGGAACCAAGUUGUCCAUAGUAUAUACAGUCUAUGGAUUCAUUAACAAUCUCAUCAGUGUUAAAUUUGGUCUUCCUCAAAACCAGAUAAAACCUCCUCACAGGAGCUUUAACUGUUAUCAGUGUUCGUUCUUCAGUUCAGUUUAAUCCCUCAGCCAUCAUUAAUUUAACCUCUGUGUGUGUGUGUGUGUGUGUGUGUUGGUGUGUUGGUGUGUGUUGGUUCAGCUGUGAACUUGUUUAGGUAGCCCAGCAGACCUGCUUGCUCCAGUGGAAGUUGUGCUAAAGCUCACAGCGCUUACUCUCUUGUGAUACAGAAUACACACACGUGUCUGAGCCAAAAGACAUUCCUCCACAGCGUCCUGCUGAGCUCAGCUGUGUGUGCCCUUCUGACAGUGUGUGUGUGAGUAAAUAUUUGCAAAGAGUAAUAAGCCUAAUCAUGUGUAAGCUGUGUAAUCAAAGCAGAGAUUUGAUUUCAUAGCAACAUUAGGUUAUCGCCUGGGUUUCUUUGAGGAUGUGAGGCUUUUUCAUGGCUUUUUGCAUGUGUUUUAAGUUAAGUAAAGUUUUCCUACUGCGGCGCACCAGCUCUAAAUGAAUGGAAAUAGCCAGGUACUUGUAAAUGUUCUGUACAUCGGUUUUAGUCUAUUUGCUGAGUGUGUGAUGUGUAUUUCUAAGUGUGUCUUUGGCGUCUGCAGUCGGAAUAGCUUUAUUAGGCUCUAGUUCUUCCAUCGCAGGAUGCCAAAGCAGGCAUGGUGUGUGUUAGGUAGCUGAGAAAGAAGGCUUUGUAUCACAUCACACACACACAUCUCUCCAUACCAAACCCUCCUCUCCUUCUUGGAACAGCACAUCCAGCUUUUAGCCGUCUUGUCCACGCCUUCCUGUUUCUCUGCCAGCAGCCUCAAGUCUCAAACCAUCUGGCUCCUCCAUCUCACCUCUGCUCCCAAACACUCCCCUGACCCCCGUAGGCUUCACCGCAGAGCCCUAUCCCCCCCUGAGCCUCAGGUCCCACCCAAGCCCUCGCCCAUGCGGCGGUUAUGAGGAGCGGCGCGGGGCUGAAUAGGCGCUCUGUGUGAGCAGGAACCGAGAUGCAGCGGCCUGAGCCAGCUUCCUUUGAAAAACAGCAGGCAGGAGCCAGGAGAGUGAGAAGGAGAAAACACUGAGCCAGAGAAGCAGGAGGUGCUGUUAUUGGAACAUCAACCUGGCUCUUUGCACCUUCUUUCUUUUUGUCACACACCUUCCUCUCCGCACUAUCUCCGCCUGAAUCUGUCUGAUAAUUUCCCCUCUGCUGUGCUCAUCUCUCUGCCUCUCUCGCUGCUUUUGGCCCUUAUUGCCACCCUUCUUUUAUCUCACCUUCCUUAUCACCUUUCUUUAAUCCUUCACUCUCUCUGCCGUCACGCUCAAUAGACUCCACAGUUUUAGCAUUUAAAGGACUUUUUUGAAUUCACGACAGCAGAGAAAAUCGGGCUACUUAAGCUUUCUAAAUUGUGUCUGCGGGCUUUAUUCAAAUCGGCACAGAUUGGAUUUGACGCCGCGUUUGACUUAUCGACUCAGCGGCUCACCAGCCACUGUUUUCAAGUGGUGAUAUUAAAAAAUGUUGUAUUCCUUUGUAAAACAUGUAAUUAAGAACAUCUGAACACGUCCCGGAGACGCAGCUGGCGGCGCAAGCUGUUAAAUCAGAUGGUUGUCUUUGAAAGUGAGUGCAAACACACAUUUUGGAAAAAAGAGCGCUCUGUAAUGUGUUUAAUUGAGCCUGUAGAUGUUGCUUUUGUUUCUCCAUAUGGUUACACUCUAUGCGUACGCGUGUGUUUUCCAGCAUGUGCGAUAAACACAGCAUAAUGAACAUGACUGUGUGAGAGUUUAUGUUUAAGCUUUGAUUUUAUUGAUUUCUGCGCCUUUAGGAGGUAUAUAUUCAGUAUGUGGGGGUGUUUACAGUGUGGUGCACGGGUACAUUCAGUCUAUUUCUGCGUGUUUAUUUCACUCUUUCUGAUCUGUGAUCUCUGGAACCACAGUGUUACCAGCUAAGCAAGAGCUGGGAACGGAAAGUAGGUGGAAAUCAUAGAGGUGAGAGCGAAAUAUCACCAUUAAAACAAUCUUUUUCUUUAAGAAUAAUCCACCUGAAGGAGAGAGCAUCUGCGGCGUCUAUCUAAUUUACAUCCCGUGACCCUCAGAUUGUGUCUUUUGAGGCUGUGUUUGUGUUAUUUGAUGCAAGCCUAAGUGUCUGAUUGAAUCAGUGCACACUGGAGGAUCUUUACCCACUGGCUUGCAGUGUGCAUGUGUGUGUGUGUGUGUCACUGGUGGGUGUGUGUGUUUGGCAGAGGGAAUAAAUCUGUCACCAUUUGGAGCGCUGCCGUCUGACCAUCUGAGGGCUCAUUCUGCUUCAUCAAGGACAAGAGAGGAUAUUUUCUCCGCUUCAGAUAUGAUCUAAUGAUGGAAUUAUUUCCGUCUCCACGUCUUAAUGUCAGCGCGUCUGAGAGACCUUCACCCUCUACCAUCACAUGAACUGUAGUUUGUUUGCUCUAAUUUGAAUCAGGGCUUCACAGCGUUUGCAGAGAGCUUUGUUUUCACGCAUCUCCAGACUAGCCCGAGUUUAACUUUAGGAGUUUGAUUGCUGUGCUGUUAAGGAAAACCCUAAAUGCCAGACGGGAAGUGUGAUGGGGGAAUUCCAGGGUUAGGAGGCGGGUCACUGGGAUCCUGAGGUAGAUCUGAAGGCCUGGGCUGCUGAAAGGGGCCUCUUGUUGUGGUACGAGGUGCUGAGAGGCAUGACAGAGCUGUUCCACUCCCAAACAACACUCCCCUCCUAAGAAAAAAAACACAGCCUCUCUGUCUCACCGUGAUGAGAUCAGUGGAACAAACACUGCAGCUGGAUGAUGUAAUCUUUCGGGGUCAGACGCUCGGGGUCACAUUGGGAGAAGAUGUGUGUGUGUUUGCAGGAAGGGCGUGUAUACACUUUGCAAGUUGAGCAAAGUAAGCGCAAGAAGAAAGUAGGUGAAUUAAUUUACAAAUAAACCAAUUUAUAAUCUUUGAGUCUGUGAAAAAGCUUCAUUCAAUGUACAAGGCCCUCUCUUUGCAACUUGAAAUUACAAUUUUUCCCAAACAGUGGACUAAACCCCCCUAAAAGUUAACAUACAGAGGAGAAAAUCAGCUAUUUUUUUGAGAAGCAGGUAGCAGCAAAUGAUAAAAGUGACUGAGUGGAUGAAUAAAUGACCAAAACCCUUUUUUUAAUGUUUUAUUUUGAAAAACAUGUCCCACCUUAGGUUGCACAUCUUCAACUCUGUGUCCCCGUCGCUCUCACCUCACUGAAGCCAGGUCAUCAGAGUUGAGUGCACCCAUAUGUCGGUGUAUGUGUCACUAAUCUCGCCAUCAUUAAGUGACGUUAAGGUUAAUCCAUCUUACCUUAAACGGGCUGGACUCAGUGACAAAAAGGGGAUUCCUAUUAAGCUGGCACAGCAUGGUUUAGUAUUAUUUGUGGACACCUGAUAGAAGACCUCCGUUAACCCCUGCUAAACCGCUUCACACUGACACACUCUCAUUGGUCAGUGUGCCACUAGACAUGCAGGCUGUUUGAUGUUACGUAACAGCACAUGUAAGUUUACUGAAGGCACUAUUUGAGGCCCACACAAGACACGCACACGGUUCAUGUCCUCACAGUUGGUCACUGCAGCUGUCACUCUAAGGGCUCCACGGAUCAACCGUGUAUAUGUAAAGCAGUGAAUAUGAUCAGUGUUUAUUGAGCUCGCUGCAUACCAUUCGUAUUAGCUUGCUUUUUUUAUUGCAUAUCCAGCUGACAGUCUUUCUUCUAUGUGUUCCCCUGUGAUGUUGACUGCCAAGUGCUGUAUUGGAGUAAACCAGGUCUCUGCAUGCUCUUAGGUCCUUGAAGAAGCUAAAAGAUCAGCAAGAAAGCAAAAGAAAAGAGUGAUCAAGUUUGCUUCAGUUUCUUUGUAUGUUGCAAUACCUGCAUGUGGCCAGUAGGGGGCUGAUAAACCGGCUGAUUGAAUGAAAGAUGGGGAUGAUACUGUUUCCCCCCUUGCAUGUCUCAUGUAAAGCAAGGAAAUCUGUUUUCAAACCACGGCUUAAAGGCAGGAAAGGAAAUAAGGUAGGCAGUAAAUGAUGGAUGCAUUGUGUUGUAUAGCUGCAAAGUCAAUAAAAAAGGAAUGCAGUUUAUGUGUGUGCACAGUCAAAAUGGACUUAACAUUCAGCCCCCAAAGAAUUCCUGCUUCAGGCUCAAUUUCAGCGCAAUAAUUCAAACGCACCCUCUGAAAAAAAAAAGCCAUUUUAGUAAUGCACGCUACCACAAAGUGUAAUCCACGUGUUCUGCACUGUUAAGCUCAAUAAUUGUAAUAAAUGUCCUGUUAUGCCACCAUAAAAGAAACACUGGUCUUAAAUAUGCUUCAAGCAGGAAGAAAAAGGACUCACCUCCAUUAUAGCUCUCAUUCCUGGCACCGUGCAGUAAAACAAAUGAAGCUUAUCCAUAUGCCUCAGCUCCUUUGGGUCACUUUAUGUAAAAUUGCCUCGUGAGACCUUUAUUCAAACAGAGGACUGUGGAAUAAAAGCGUGUAAAAUAUGAGAAAUAGGAACAGAGGCCUGCCUCUCUUCUCAACAGCUGCUGUCAACAAAGGCACCAGAUUCAGAUCUGCACAAGACUAAAGUGUGAAAUCUUAUUUGCUGGUGCUGUUACUCCUCCAGGCUCUGAUAGGAAUUAAGAUUUCACUCGUUUAAAUGCUCAUAUAGGGAUUAGAAAUUAAACAGAACUGGUGCCGAAUCGUGUUCUAUUAUUAGACACUUGGCUGUAUCUACAGUAGGAGGGAAGGGAGAGAGGAAAAAGGAAGAGCAAUGCUUGUUUGGGAAAAGUCAAUAGGAAAUGCUUGAGUCUCAGAGGGAGGCUGAGUGUGUGAGUCCGGCUGAAGGAAUGUCCUCUCAUCCUGUGAAAUGCGGUGUAACGACAUUGAGAAUGAUGCUAUCGUUCAUUCAGCUGGAAAUGACUCAUUCAGUGAAGAAAGCCCACAGCUGACUCUCUGCCAAAGGUGUCCUGUCCUCAGAUUCCUAAAAUGUAUUCACUGAUAAUUAACGUGCCCUUGCUUAUUCGAUAUAAUGUUCACUUUUGAUCAGCCGGACAAUUUGAGCCACCAGCGUUCUGUUAGUGUUGGAAUUGUCACUCACACGUGUUGUUUCCUGAACCCGUCAGUGAACUGUCAGUGUAAAUUUGUCUUUUCACAGCACGACUACAAGACUGGCACGACUACUUGCUGAGGAAACCUUAAUCUGAUUAACUGUAGGAUAUUUACAGCUUUAAGUCCUGAGUUAUCAAGGCUCAUCUUGUGUUUGUUCCACAUGUCUGCGAAACAAAAAAAAAAAAAGGCGAGAUGGAUUUAUGUAAGAGGCUAAAAGCAAAUGUUAAAUACUGAAUGACUUUGUUAGCUUUCUCACUGGAUUUUUAAUGUUCUUGGCUUCCACUGGAGUGUCCUCGGCUUCCACGGUGAACAUAAAUGUUAUGACAAAGCACCUCCUCUCCUCCUCUGUUGUUCUGAGCUAAAGGUGAAGAGCUGCUUUCGCCCGGCCAGACACACAGAUGUAUUAUUGCACCAUUGAGAUGGACUUUGUUGCCAUUAGUCGAGGCUGCCAGCCCACAGACUGACUCUCUCUAUCUCCCUCCUGAUCCUCCCACAUGUCAUCUGCUGCAUCCCUGGACUGUGCAUCUCACUCCUUUUCUCAUCUCACCCACAAACACACAACAAACAAGUGCAGGGGUUUUCUGAUGCAUCCAGUUUGUUUUGUGAUGACAUUUGGGAAAAUGCUAAAACAAUAAAAAUGGGUGAAAUGUUUUAUUUCCUGCUGAUUAAUUUUUUACACCCCUCCUGUGUUUGCAUAUGAUGUCCCGAACACUCCAUUAGUGGUUCUCUAAUGCAGGUUUCCUGCAGCCAAAAGUCCCAGUCAGUGGUUUACUCUCAUACUGAAUUCCAACCGAACUCCUCUGUGUUUUCCAUUUUGACCUGCCCACAAAUCACUCUCAUACAUCACCAGUGGACAAGGCGAUACACUUUGCUGCACAACAACUUCCCUGUGGACUCAUAUGUGCCUGGCAUUAAGCAAAGGCAGACUUAAAGAAAGAGAGGAAACAGGAAGACAGAUGCGUGUGUUUAUUUUCUCUGGAAUAUGUUGUGUUGCCACUGCUAGUAGGAUUUCAUAUGAAUACAACAACUUCAGACCACAGUCUAGUUAUAUAUAUAGUUAUAUAUCUGUGGUGUUUUGCGUCACUAUCAUUAUUUUGUAUAUAGACCAGGUUUCGAUCUGAUUCAUUGUCUAGUUCCAAAUAGAAAAAAAUUACAUUUUAAUGCCACUUGCCUUCUCAAUGUUGACUUUUUUCAUCCCUUUUGGAAAACAACUGGAGAUAAAUCACAUUUUUUGUUUAAAUCUGCAUCACUGAAUGCAGAAAAUUACAAGCACAAUAACAUGGCUGAUCAAAAUUUUACAAGCAUUGUAUCAGCAUUCAUUUUGUAUGAAUUUUAACAUUAUAGUUGCAAAAUAAUCCGUACAGAUUCCCUCCUGUCAAACAGCAACGAAAACGACAAUCUGUGGUUCUACAAUAAGGGUGUAGGGGCUGCCAGCUGAGCUGCUACUACCUUCUUUAUGGUAUCAUUCAAAAGUUUGCAGAGGUAGUUCAAUCCACCGAGGUCUCCUCUGCUACAAACCAAGCAGACUUCAGAAAUAGAAUCUGAAAAGAAGGUAUAGAGCAGUUUCAAUGAAAUGUAGAUGAAUUUGCAACACUCCUCUGUACUCUAGAGCCUGAGAGCUGAGCUGCCACUAACUCUAGCUUGGCUAGUUUGUCUGUCCAGAGGCUAAAAUCUUCUUUCUAGUUUAAGUUUAACUCUCAAUGGGGCCCUAGGCAAAAUUUGAUUUUGGGGCCCUCUAUUUCUGCCAAUAUAUUGAUUGUUGAUCAUUCACACAUCUUCACAAAUCUCUUUGAUUAACAUUCCAUGACAUGCAAACAUACCUUUAUUUAAAAUAAAAUUAUUUUAAAAUAAAAAAUACAUAUUUUUUAUUGAUUGCUCUUGGGGGCCCCCUGUUGGCCGUGGAGCCCUUAGCAGGCGCUUAGUUCGCUUAUGCCUUGGGCCGGCUCUGAGACUGUCAGAAAGGUUUGUGCCACAAGUUUUGCUUGUGUAGCUUUGUACCGGAUGGCUAAAUCUGUUCAACUGCCGAAUCAGUAUACUCAGCCGAUUGAGAAAUAGUUUUAACAAAUGCACAUGACUAAAAUCUUGUGUACAUGCAAAGAAAUGGAGGAAAGGGAAUAUUUUGCCUGCACCGUUCUGCGGUCGUUACAUCUUAUUGACCAGCGCCUCAUAAAAAAAGUUGAGUCAUAACUCAAAAAAAGACAAACCGCCCAUUUCCACGGUGGGCGGUGUAGGCACAGAGCGACCACAGUGCCUUUUUUUCUGACACAGUUGCAACCCACUUCAAAACUGAACACAGAGCUGCCAAAUCCCUCUUAUGUCACUUUCUUUCAAACAGCUUGAAACCAUGCAGGAGCCAUUUUUAAGGGAUUUGACAGGGAACCACACUGAAAUACUUGUCAGUGUGUGGGCUACUGUGGACUGACAACAAAGCCCUGAGAAAAUUCCACUCUCGGUUCUUUUCCCAUAACUGCACUGUAUGCAUGCUGUACAAUAGUGGGGGUGACUGUGAUCCUGAAAAUCGCUGCCAACGCCCCUGGGAUCCUCCUCAAGGACCUCUGGAGGUCUCUGGAUACAAAUGACAGUUUGCUCUCCUCUGCCUGAACGCAGCUGUACAUGGAUUAGAACACACACACACACACACACACACACACACACACACACACACACACACACACACACACACACACACACACACACACACCCGCCUCCUCAGAAACGGCACUCGGUUGGUCCAUCAGUCGGCCACUCUUCAUCCUUCCCUUGUGCUCGCGGUGUUGUGUGUGUGUUUGAUUCCGGCUCUGGAGCUCUUGGACGUCGACGGCAAUGACGAUCAUGACGAUGAAGAAGAAGGUGAUGAUGAUGAAGACAACUCAGAGCGGGGUUCACACGCAUGACCGCUGUCGUCCCCAGAUUUCCAAGAGUGCGGGUAGUGAUUUUUUCCGUGUGGAUCCUUAACAACUUCAGAGGCUGAUAAACGGCAGCUGUUCACAGACUGACAGUGGAGUCUUUAAAAUCUUUUUUGCCUUUUUUUUUACAUGGAGGUGCCACAGAGGGAAAAACUGAGUUGAGGGUUUUCACGCUCUGUUCGUGUGUGGGACAUUCAGCGGACCUUGGUGUUGCGUAAAGAGCUCGUGUUGCCAGUUUUGGAGAGUUGGGAAACGUACUGCUCCCGAUUGAAUAGGAUGAAUAACUCUCUAAAUCAAAUGGUAAGGUUGAUUUGAUGGUUUUUCUUUACGUUGUUUCGAGAGACUUACAGAAUUGAACUAAAGAUGAAACGGAAAAUAACAGUCAGCUGUGAAACACGUCACACCUCGGGUUUAUUCACCGUCAUUUUACGCAGACAGCCCGUUACACCAAAAUACUCAAUGGCAUCUAUUUUUUUGAAGUUCAUUCUGACAUUUUUACUUUAAUUGCAGAGAAGAGACACCACACCAAAACCAAACAUUGUGUACCAAAAAUAAACCAAAGUAUGUGUCAUAUUUGGCUGUCUAUAAUUGGUAGCUUUUUUUUUAUACAAGUGGACAGACAUUGGACAGUAGACAUUGUGCAGUUUACUAAUACACUUCCCCUGAAUCAAUUUAUUAAAUCUAACUUGACCUUCAUUCAAUAUUUUAAUAAAUUCGACUGAAAGGUUAUUCCAAAUGUUAAUGGAGGUAGAUCAAGUGAAACAUGGAUAAAACCGUUUUAAAGUAGUAUUUUUGGUGUUAAAAGAUUGAUAUGUGCAUGAAGACUUAAGCCGAAUUGAGUAGCUGCACAUACUUAUUUGUUGAGUCUAUUAUAUCAUAAAAUAAAAGUCACUCACUGAUGUAAACGAACAAUGAUUUGUGUAAACUGCAGUAAUUUCAAUGGAGUUUGGUGAUAUACAUCAUAUUUGGCUGGCUAUAAUUGGUGGGCUUUUUUUAUACAAGUGGACAGACAUUGGACAGUGGACAUUGUGUAGUUUACUAAUACUCUUCCUCUGAAUCCAUUUAUUGGAUCUAACUAGACCUACAAUGCAUGUUUUGAUAAAUUUUGACUUAUGCCAAAAUGAGGAGCUGCACAUACUUAUUUGUUUAGUCUAUUAUGUCAUAUUAUGUCAUAUAAGUCACUCACAGAAGUCAACAAGCGAUGAUUUGUUAAAACUGCAAUAUUUUCUAUGGAGUUUGGUAAAAUAUCUCAUAGUUGUUAAUGGGGUAGUUUAAGUGAAACAUGGAUAAAACCGUUUUAAAUGUGUAUUUUUGGCGUUAACAGGUUGAUAUGCGCAUUAAGACUUAUGCCGAAGUGAGGAGCUGCACAUACUUAUUUGUUGAGUCUACUAUGUAAUGAAAUUUAAGUCAGUUACUGAUGUCAACAAACAAUGAUUUGUUCAAACUGCAAUAUUUUCAAUGGAGUUUGGUGAGGUACAUCAUAUUUGGCUGUCUAUAAUUGGUAGGCUUUAUUUUUUACAACACUGGACAGACCGUGUUACAUUUAAUACAGUCCCUCUAGGUAUGGUGACAUGUCCAAUAAUAACAGCCUCACAUUAAUUGCUUCCUUUGUCACCUUGAAUAACUCACUCUCCUGAGACACUGCAUGAAUCCUCUUUCCCUCUCUCUGUGGAUUGACCGUGGCUUGCUGGAAUAAAUGGACACAUUAGUAGGGUAAUAGUGAUUGUCAAUUUCAGCAUGUCUUCUGACUGCACUGUGACAUCUCACCCAGCCUCUCAGAGUGGGAACAGUGUGACAACUGCAGGAUAUUACUGCUGUAAUGACUUACAUCUCCCAGGCGUCAACCUUUCCUCUCUCCUGUGAAAAAAUCUUUCCUAAACGCCUCAAACUGGUAGCACAAAAAUAGCCACACUGACUGAAAAGAGAAGAAAAAAACGUACUUAUGGGGGUAUUUUCCUCAUUCUAGCACCUUUUUAUUUUUAACAGAAAGAAGUUAAGUUUGAUUUAAAGCGCAACUCUUCUCUUGCCAUACCACGAAGCAAUGACAUGUCUUUGGUGCUUUCGUAUUUCUAUUUUAGACGUUAGUUCUUCUCAGAAACAUGCAUGCAGGACCGCAGAAAAGUGCGGUAAAUGAAGCAGCUUCCAGAAAAUUUUAUCCUCAACUUUGUUUUCUUCUUGAGUCUGUGUGACAGGCGGUCAUUAGUUUCUCAGUCUUAGAGGUUUUGACCUGCUGGUAGCUCAGACCACUUCCUGUAAUCAACUUUGAUGUCACCGCUGAAACUCAAUCCCUGCUUAGAUUAACCAAAACAACUGGCUGUGGGUCUGUGUCUGUUGAUUGCCUUCACUUUCGCUAAUGAUAGACUGCUUCCUGAUGGGAAUGAGAGUUCGGAUUUGAGUCUCGUGUUGAUUUUAAAAGGUCACCUGCAUCAACAUCGCUCAGAGAUUAAAAGAGCAAGUCAAAUGUGAUCUUUUCAUUUCUGGAAAUUUUGCCUGCACAUGUGUGUGUGUGUGUCUGGAUCCCUUCAUGGAUGUGUGUGUGUUCUUGCAGACCUCUGUUCCUACCACAAACAUCUCCGAUCAUUAGUUUUGAAAAGGUCACUGAUUCGACAGAGCAACCUUCCUGAAGAGUUUAGAAGUUUUUGUUGCGUGCUGCAGUUAAACCAGUCCUGUUUACACUUGGAUGCAUUUCUGCAUAUGUGCUUUUCAUUGCAAUUAUACAAGGAGGGGGGAAGCAAGUCAGCAUCCUGUUUCGGUUCGCCGGCUCAGGAAUCCUGCAGCCUGUGUCUUCCAAUCAAUAACCACUUACUGCAGAGGAGGUUUUUGCAGUCAACUCUCUGUCUGUCCACCCAGCUUUCUGUCUCUCUACCUGUCUAUCAUGAUCUCCAAUGUCUCCUCUGCUUCUGUCUGUCUAUUCUCCUUCUCUUCCCCCACCUCUGCAGUCACGUGUCUGUGUAUUUCUUCUCUCUUUGCCCCUGCUCUGUGCUGCUGCAGUAGAGGUCAUAGUAUUUUUUUUUUCUGCUGAUAUUGUACAUUGCUUUCUCUCCCAGGAAUCAGCAUCUGGGGCUGAGGACUUCCUCAUCAAGCCUUAGAAACACAUUACUUUAUGUGAGGUGCAGCAUAACAGUAGCUGUGGAAGAGGGGAGUGAAUUGGAGUUUGUUGUGUGUGUAUGUGUGUGUCUCCUUGAGCCAGUUGUCUGAGGAAUCGUUUGAAAAAUGAGCCACUUACACUCUCCUCUGCCUCAGCAUCACCUCUCUGCCCAACCAAUUUUAGAUCUUUUAACUCUCCUUAUUCAUAUUCACCCUCUUUUUCCUCUAAGGGUUUCUUUCUGUUUCAGCAGCAUCUUUUCCAAACUUUGGCUCCCAUCUUAAAGUUUGGGUGUAUGGAUUGAAAUGUACGCACGCAAAAAAGGCAAGUUUGGAAAGUGCCCUGACAGAACACACCACGGCCGAGCUCUUUCUGUGGUGUGCUGUCCUAUUUUUACUCUUCCUUUUAGAAGCAAGUGUUGUUGCAUGCAGAGUGGCAGAUCCCUAAGUGGGUUUAGUCCUGACAUGUGCAUCACAGAAAGAGGAGAAAAAGCGUGAGAGACGGAAGAGAAAAUGGUGAAUUAAGUAUACGCAAGAGGAGAAAUAUUGCACGACGGACGGCUUAUGCAGCAGGAGAUUGAUAGUCAAGUCUGUGGUUGCUGAUUCAGUACACGAAAAAAGGAGUGAUGGACAAACAGAAGACAGACAGACAAUUAGAGCGGAGUGAUGACCUGACGAUGCAGAGGGAGAUGGUAAAGAGAUUGAUGGUCAUGGCAGAAUGGAGCUCAGUGCUGCAGACAGAUAAUCAGACAAGCAGCUAACGCAGAGCUGCUGGCAGCGGCUCCAAGUUUAUCUGUCAUGUUGGUCUGUGGUAGCAGAUGCAGAGCUGUCAGUCAUUCUUACUGCGCUGUUUGACAUGCUGUAAUACCUGCUACCUGUUGUGACAGUGUGUGUGUGUGUGUGUGUGUAGUUGAGCAGCAAGCUUUUCUUCAAUUUACCCAGCUUCUGCUCUGCCAAUCUAUGAUUAGGUUACGUUUGUUUAGCAGGAUUGCUCGUGUGUCGCUAAUAUGAGGGAUGCAGCAAAUGUUCACACACUCAGACACACACACACACACACACACACACACACACACACACACACACACACACACACACACACACUGACACAGACAAACACAACAGAUCAGAGAUCUACCAUAAUGGAAAAUCCAUCCAGGCUACACUUCAUGAUGAAAUGCUGUCAUGACCGUGUUGAAUCAAUAACAGUAACUUUAAAGAUAAAGCCAUGCCACACACACACACACACACACACACACACACACACACACACACACACACACACACACACACGUACAAACACACACAAACAUCAUCAUUUCCUCUGCACAACAUGCCACUCACAUGAUUCCUCAGCAAAUGUACUCAGGGAAGAGUCUGUGCGACAGACAGAUUUACUGAGCAAGAGAGUGUGAAGGAUUCAUCUGAAAUUUAAAACAUGGCAGUAAAUGGUCUGCCUCUGAGGGAUAAGAGUAAAAACAUACACUGAGUUAUUCAUCUAAAUGUUUGUGUAAGUAUACUGAGAAAAGUGAGCAGUCAGACCUCUGAUCUUCAUCUGUCAAACUUGACCAAUAUGGAUCAUUUCUUUAAGUAUGCGUCCUUGGACCAAGUUGAUAUUUAGAAAGCAUAUUUAUUGAUUUUGAUUUCAUUCGUACUUUUUUUCCCUCUCUUACUCUAGAUUGACAAACCAUCAAACUCCACCAUAACCUACAUGGUUUAUUUAACAUUACUCUAUCAAAGCUAGGGAUGUUAUAAAAUGACUUAUUUCCUCAUCACUGAAACAGAAAAUGUUUGAAAGUAGUCAAAAUCAAGCACAGUUUAUUGACACUGAGUCUGUGGGUGAAACAUGUCAAAUGAGUAUGCUGAGUGUGGCUAACACGAGCAGAGCUAACACCCCCAGGCUUCAGUCCUCCCUGCUGCUUAAUGUCCAAAUGCCAGUGCUGGUUAUUGUCCUAGUGGAGCGUCUAAAUGCCAUUUUAUACUGGCAUAUAACCAAACAACCACUGUUUAACUGUUAUGCUCGAAGAUGCUGAUCUUGUUUAGAAAACCAUUGUUGCAUUUAGGCCAGUAGUUCUCAAGUCCAGUCUUCUAGGCCCACUGUCCUGCAUGUUUUGGAUGUUUCCCUGCUCCAACACACCUGAUUCAAAUGAUUAGCUCGUUAUUUAGCCAUUACAGAGCCUGAUAACGAGCUGAUCAUUUGAAUCAGGUGUGUUGGAGCAGGGAAACAUCCAAAACAUGCAGGACAGUGGGCCUCGAGGACUGGACCUGAGAACCAGUGGUAUAGACAGUAGUCAAAAAUCAGAGCUUUCCAUUACAUCUGCCUCUAUUUUAGGUGAUUUUAAGCUUUUAAUGAAUGUCCAUCAGGUACCUGUGUAAAAAAAAUUGUCUUCUAAAGGGUUAAAAUGUGCAUACAGCUUUUAAUGUGGUGUAGAAAAAUGCUUGGUGCUCAUGCCCUCACAGUGCGAACAGAAGCAGGAAAACAAUUAAUUUGAACUUCUUCCAUGUGAUACAAACAGCAGCUCUGCUCCCGUCAGCCUGCUUAUGGUGUAUUUGCAUGUCAGCGGAUGGGCUGUUGUGUAUUGUUCUGUUACAGCUGAAUAAUUUUUAUGUAAAGCUUGUGCCUAUGUGUGCAGUGUUGGUGCGUGGAUAAGUGAUGGAAGAAUUGAGGGAGUAAAAGUUCUGAGUUUUCCCAGUUUGUAGGACGUGAAUUUAAAUGAGCAACCCCCCAAAUCUGCUUAAGUUGUUCUGUGGGGCACAGAUAAGAGCCACAAAUGCACAUACACAUAUUUUGCAAUUAAUUAUAACCCUUCUCUUGUUUUUUUGGCCUGUCAGUUGCCUUUUUUCACCCAUGCGUUGUCUGUAUCCCAUUGCGUCUUGCAUUCUUGUACACACACAUGCACGUAUGCACAGCACAUAGACACAGAUACUCCAAGGGUUAAUGUGUACCAUUAGUAACUAGAGCAGGCUUUAAGUGCUGUGAAGUGGCAGCAGGCAGGAACCACAGUGACAGACUGAGGGACUGUGAGUGGAUCUCACCUUACACGUGUUCAGCGUGACAUGAAUAUGGCCGACAUUAAUCAAGGCAGUGAAACAAAUCCUGCUUUUAUUAUCCUGAGGUGGUAAUUUUCUCCAGCUCCAAAUUCAUGGCAGCCAUUAAUUAAGGGUACACCACAAGGCUGUAAAACUGUCCUCCAUGAAAAAAAAAGCAUUGUGGCAUCUUACAUUUCAGAUCCUGAUUUAGUUUUUAUACUAUGAAAGUCUUUAUUUUUACUGAGAGAUACCUUAAAUCAAGCUACUGGUAACUUAAGGGUACAAAAACUGUCAUUUCUGAAUUUAUGACGCUUUAAUUUAAGAAGUUAGGUUCCAAUUAUUCCCUUAUUAAUUCUGUUUCUAGAAUAUAAACUUGUUUUACAGCUGAUUAUUGACCCCAUUUUGAAGUCGUAAAACGCACAUUUUAAUAGAACAGCUUAAUACUCUCCCCUCAAGCACUGUCCAUUAGAAGCAAGCUUCCCACUGUGAACAAGGGCCUUUCACUGGUGGGGUUUUCCAGUGUGAUAAAUAUCCAACUUGCGUCACUUGACAUACUCAGACUAAUUUUACACUCCCUGACAGACAGAGAAUUUUUGUUGGAUAUCACAUGAUGAGUGAGUAGAGACCAGUUCUUAUUUGUUGCACAGCAGCAGGAGUGGUUAGCUGGCUGUCAAUGCCAAUCUCAUCAGCUGGGACCCAUCAGCAAUGGUUGUCUUUCACAGGUUGAUGAUUGCGUAUGCCUCUGGGAAUGGAUGCCAACUUCAAUGUGGCUUUCUCCAGAAGUGUGAGCCCUGAAAAAUAAAAUAAACCUCUUUUUUGUGAUUUAAUUGCAAUUAUUGGGUCUUAAUGUUGUUGAAAAAAAUAUCACCAUGCUUGGUCAGGUCAGUCCUCAUGAAAGGAAGAAAACAACUUAUCGAAUAUUUGCUUGUUUUGAGGCGGUAGAAUUGAUUAUUCCAGAUGCACUUAAGGACAUCUGAACGCUCGUUUGGUGCCUUCCCAGCAUCGCACCAAACAGAUUUGUCACUCAAGUUAAAGUUCUGAUCCAGAACAAUCUGCCGACUUACCGCAGAUGGGAGCCAAGAUGUCAUCCUCACAGACUGUGUUCUGCUUGAUUCAGUCCUGCCACAUGGACUGUUUCUCCUGCGUACACCAAAGCCUGCUGAUAUGUAAUUGGUCAAUAACACACCGACUACAAGCACUACAAGGGGAAACCAGAACACCUUCUGAGUACAGAUUGUAAAGUUUUAUGUAAAAUAUGGAAAACAAAAUAUCUUCACUGGCAUUUUUCUAAUAAAUUGCUGUUUGUAAAAUAGACCAACUUGCUGAUAUUUCAACUAGAUUUUUAAUAUCAGAGAUAAUUUCAAUCCUGGUUUUAGUAAUGAGGCAACCCUUCAAUGGCAGUAUAACUGGUUUUCAAACUUGAGCACCCCCUCACACCACAAACAGACAAAGACACGCCCUUCAGCUGUGCCUCAUCUGUCCCUUACUUGGUCUUUUUCCUCCUCGGGGCAGAGGGCGAAGGGUCAGUUUAGUCAUAUCCUGCUUUGCUUUCACUUAGCAUAGAAGUCCUGCAGCUGAAUAUCAUGAAUAUUAUAAUGAACUCACUUCACUUUCACUUCUGGACUCCUCGCUCGUCAAUAGUGAUUCAAGAACAUGCUGAUACACAAGGUACACAAGCUGAGUAUCUGCUGUUUUGUUAUCCACCCAUCUCUGUAUUGUGCAAAAUGACAGACCUUAACUCCCCUCUAACAAACCUCACAUGGGGGCAGCACAUGAGAUUACAUACACUUGUGGUUAUAAAGUCUAAAUAAGGCAACAGAGGCAACGGUGAUGAUGAAUAAUAGAGAGUGAUAAAAGUAGCUCUGACUACAGUAAAAGCUCUCAGCUAGAAAAGGGGCUCGGAGAGAGCACAGCAAAUACAAGAGAGGGAAAAUGGGCACAUUUAGAUUGGCUAUAAUAUUCCUUAGGACAGCAGCAUAAGGUCAAAAACAUCCUCUUAUUACUUUUAGCCCAUUAAUGUUCAAAUUGUUAACUGAAUAAUUCAACUGAAGUGGGAAGAGAUAAGCUGCAAGAUUACAGUAUGGACCAUCUGUGGUCCGACAGGAUAUAAAUAAAUAUCUCGUUACUAAUGCUGUCAGUCAAAAAGCACUCCUGGCAUGGUGAGCUAUCACUGCAGAUAACAUGGUUUUAUCUGUUCCUUUAUAACAUUAAGUUGGGAACAUUUCAAGAAUGAUAUAUUAGGAAUUCAGACUGGAUUUUUCAUGCUAUAAAUCAGUUAAUGCCGCAACAAGACAAGAUUUGAAUACGUCUUAAAUUCUUUAUGCUUUCAUAUGUCUAGUUUAAAGGGAUAUUCCAAUGUAAAAUUGAUUUAGGGUAAAAAACACAGUAACACAGAAUUAGACACCCCCUUGAGAGAUGAAUGUUGCCUACCCAUUGCUUCUCUAUAGCCACAUAUUAUGCUCAGAACAACACCUAACUUCAUUGACAGUACAUAUAGAGUCCCAGCCACAGCACUAGCCACCAAACAUCUUUUUAACUUUGCCUAAUUUCUUUCGCAAAGAGACUAAACACAAUUCACCUACACUCUUCCAGUAGCCGUUUGUUUGUAGCGAGACCUCAACCAGUCCAUUACGGACUACAGCAGGGUGCCGCAGCUUAAGGAAGAACAUUUAUGAUCAUUUCUUCAUGGAAAUGCGAUCAGACCGAGAUGCUAAGUCAGAAGAACUACUACAAAAUGAUUAAUAUGGCGAUUAUUACUUAAAGGAAAUGAUAAAGUAAUGAUAGUAAAGUUGGUAGAACUAGAGAAACAAGCGGUCGGCAACAUUCAUCUGUUGAGGGGGUGUCUAACUCUGUGUUACAGUGUUUGACCUUAUAUUAAUUUUCACCAGAAUAUCCCUUUAAUGUCAGGUGAGAGUAACCACACUUUGUUGUUAGCAGAGAUGUUGCAUUUGUUAUGACAGGUAUAUGUCAGGAUUUUACAAAAGCAUGCACACACAGAAGUGCUUUCAGUCAUGAUUAGAGCCAAAGAGUGAUAGCAUUAGUGUUUUCCAGGUUCAUCACGACUGCAGCCCAUUAUACUCAGCACAUGUCCACACCACUCCAUGCAUGUCUGAGUGUAUUGAGCAGAGUGGGGGUAAAAGACUCUGGUUGGAGAGGUUGGCACGCUGACAUGCAAGUUAGGCCGGCUCAGCUAAUUAGUCCUGAUUUCUCCAUCCUGAUUCAGACAAGGAGGAAAGCCUAGGAUUACUUGGCCUAGUAUUGGGUUGAUGUGUGCGUGCUUUGUGUCACUGAAAUUGUGUCAGUGGGAUGAAACUCUACAUUGGCAAUGGGGUUCGAUGCGCUUUUUUCUGUGAGGCCAACUAAUGAGAGCUCUACAGCUGUGUUACAGCAUCUCGCUCAGGAAGUGUGAGGAUGGGUUUGGAGUUGUGAGAUAAGUGGCCCCCCCAUGAGGAUGAAAAGGAGCUUAAUGGUACGAGACCCAGCAGGGGAGCCGGUCUCCUUUGGAAAACUGUAGCACUGUGACCCUUCACUGUCUUAAUCCUCACUUUGUCCUUUUAAAUGCUCCUCAUCUGCCAUUUGCCUGGUACUAUCAUCUCCUUCUUUCAGCUCUAUUAGAACUGCAGAAUAAAUCACAGUUUAAUAGCUGUUGCUGUAUGAACAUUAGCAAUAAAUACACAGCAGAAGUCUGAAUGUAUCACCACAAUUAACAUUCUUUAAACAAGCUAUGCUUCCCCAUAGCAUGCUUACAUUAAGCAUAUAGAAUAAGGAAUUAUUUAGCGGUAAUUAGUUGUAAAAACGCUUUGAAGGUUUACUUGGGACUUAGGUGGGAUUUAGGCUUCAUGUUGAAUGUGGAGAAAAGCAGAUAGACAUUAAAGUACACUACAUUUAUCUGCUAUCAAAUAUUUAAAAUAAUAAUGUCUAAAUAUAGUGAUUGUUGCUGGUGUCAUUGCUCAUAAAUUGAUUCAGAAGUUUAAGUCAAUAAUUUAAGCUACUGAGAUGCUUGACCCAGAGUAACCUGGUUGACACGCCUCACUACUGGUUUCUUACACUACUCUGAAUCUUUGAUGAUCAGUGAAUGUCCGGAUGCUGUUCCUCAGAUGCAGCAAACAAAAAUUGAUUGCGAUGAACUUCAUCAAAAUCCAUUUUGCAAUUGACAUUGAGCAACACUGAAACAAAGAAAAAUGCUGGCAUUUAGCACCACAGUGGUCAAAAACCUUUUGUCCUUCCAGGUCAAUCGCCUUCCCACAACAGUGACUUGGCUACCUUUAUUCCUGAGGCCCAGAUAACAAGACAGCAACGUCUAAGGCACACAAAGUGAACUGCAAUUCCCUUUUUGGUAUCACCUCAACGUAUUUGGCUCCUACAGAAGGACUCCUGUCAGAUUCACUUUGGGAAUAAAGUCUACCUCUGGGUUUUCUUUGAUAGCAGAAAGGAACUGCAGUUAUCCAGCUGCAGAAUAAAAGGGCACCAAUUUCAGUAAUGGCGCGGCAAAGGCCGGUAGUGGGUUUUUCCUCUUCCUCCAGGUGAAGCUUAAACUUGUCAAAAUGAGAGUUGUCAGUCUCAGUCACAUUUUUACACACACAACGAGUCAAACAACUUACUUUGAGAGAAUAUAAUGCCAUAAACUCUGCCCAGCCCUCAUUUCUGUAAGCAUCACAGCCACAUCUUUCUUUACAGCAUUGAAUGUGUUGGAGACGUAACAGGCUGUAAUAAGUCUGACAUGUGAAAAAUUCCAACACAGUGGAAAAUGAUGUCAAAUCUGGGCCUAUUUGCCUCAUAUGUAUCUUUUAAUGUGAUUAAAUCCCAUUUAGUCCAUCUCCUCACUGAGGGAUACACCAGCAGAGCGCACUCAUUAGGAGAGAUCACAGCAGGCUUUGAUCAGGGGCUUAGAAAGACCUGCUCCGUACCCCGUCCUUUCCCUAAACCCUCCUCCUCCUCCUCUUUGGCUGGGUGGGCUUGCGGCUCACAGGGAAUGCUGUCUAAUCAGUUAAUAAUACAGUAUCAACCUGUAUCAUAGUCAGUUGUUGAGUGCGAUCCAGGCCCGCAGUGCACAACACCAUCUGUGCCAGGAAAGUUCACAGAUGAGGUUACAGUCCUGCUAUGUGUGUCUUUGUGGAUUCAUUAACUCCGGCUUAAAGUCCCCUGACAGUCCAGUCUGCCAAUUAGUCACAUGAGGGUUUCUCCGUGACUGUGUACUUGGAGAUGGAAGUUGUUUUGUGACGGCCCGGGCUCUUUUUAACCUCUAUGUGUUGAAUUUCUCCUCUUGAUAGCUGAAAACUAUGCUACAAAACUUGCCAAAGAAAAUGCCAACUGUUAACAUAAUACUUGCAAAAGAUGGUGUUUGCAGUGAUUAGAAAAAAGACAGACUUUAUAGCCUUUUAUGGUCUUUUAUAUCUCCUUUUACUUUUACAGUCCAGCUUGUUAUUUCUGAAUAUGGUAUUAUUUUGUGUUGUGAAUGCAGCCCAGUUUAUUUCCCUUCUAGUUCUCUUCGAGGUGAGCUGGAGAAGAAACAGGAGGGGGUCCUGCUGAUGCUGUUAGGAGUGUUUUUUGUGCUGUUGCUGCUCAUAAUAAACUACCCUGCAGGUUGAGUGUAUACCUUUUUUCCAGCUGGCAGUUAUUUAUGAGCGCUGUCUGGAACCUGUACACAGCAUUUCAUAAAUCUAUACUCCUCCGGCCUGUUAGUUAUGUUCUGGGAGACCACACACAGCCAUACAGUAGAGAUACCAACGCACACGCUUCCUGUAAUUACCACCUUUACAUUGCCUGCAGAUGAUUCUGCAGUUUAUUUCGGCGGAUUGCUCCUCCUCCCACUUCCUACUGUGCAACUAUAUGAUAAUGCAGACCUGGUGUUUUUCGGCUGAGUAUGCACAGCCGCGUAAGAGCCAUCAAGCUUUAGUGUGUCCAUAAAUUGUAGGAGUGAUCACCAGUUGGCAGAGUCUAAGCUCCCCGUGCUCUUGUGGAGCUCUAAACAAUUUGUUUUAUAGCUCCAAAUUCACUCCACUGCUGCUCUCCUAAGGGCCAAAAAGAAACAACUCUGCACUGAUUCACUUCUAUGCACUUGUUCGUGCACACGGCUAAUUCCAUCCCCUUUCGCUCGUACAUAAAACAUGAUAAAGGACAUGUACACAUAUGUAAAUUAUUUCUGUCUUUAGCACUUUCUCCUCCCCGUCUUCCGGGACCCAGCUGCAUUGAAACACACUGCCUUUGUGUGAGAACAGCUGGCUACAAAGUCAUUUGGACGCACACUCGCACGCACAUGCACAAGUGUGGACAGGCCCUCAAACACACGCAUACACACACAUGCAGUUAUCUAAGCUGGCAGAGCUGAAACAGUCUCUAUUGUCAGCAAUAAUUGAAUGCAUAAGCUUGUCAGGAGGUGGGAGAGUUCGCAAUGUUCCAGCUUUAAGGGCGAGCUGGUUGUUGAGCUACACAGCAAUCACCUCAAUAAUGACAUCACUGUGUUGGCGCCUUCGCCAGGGUCAGGGGUACAGACGUAUUUUGCCAUAAGAGGACCCCGGGAGUGUGUGUACUGGCAGAAAACAGACUGCUUUGUAGCCAGAUUUGCUGUCGUAAAAGCUGAAUGUGAACACUUCAACCUGUUACUGUUUCCAACACCCCUCCCUCCACCCCUCCCUCUUUCAUGACCAGUACCAAACCAGUUCCCUCCACUGUUGUUUCUCAGCAGCAGCUGGAGUCACAGCGACACUGUAGGGACAUUAUUUAGUGAAUUGGAUCAUUGUUCUGAGUGGUUUGGGUUUGGUUUGGGGUUGUUGUUUGUUCUGUGUUUUCUUAUAGACCCACUUCAGGCUGUGUGUGUGUGUGUCUGUAAAUCAUUUCAUGUUUGUGCUUUAUAUGAGUUUGUCACUGUUUACCAUAUUCACUCUGCUGACAUUUCCCUCUGAGGUUAUAUAAGGACUGAAUUAGGCCUUAGGGUGUCUGAUAAAUCAUUACAGGGACACUGCCGCUUAAAGGUGUAGUGUGUAGGAUUUUAUGCAAUCUAGCGUAAUAGAUUUAGUGGAAGUUGAAUGAAAUAUUCACAGUCGUAUUCAGAUUAGUGUACAAUCACCUUUUAUCUCAGCUUUUUAUAACAAGAAGAUCCCAUUUCACUGAGGCCGUAAUUUGUACCGCCAUGUUUCUACAGUAAUAAUAAAUAAUAAUCCAUCAGAUUUUAGAGCGCUUUACAUUGGACACAUCAUUCAUUCAUUGGCUCACACAGUCACACCUUGGUGGUGGUAAAGUACCUUUGUAGUCACAGCUGCCAUUUUGUGCCUACGGCCUCUCAGAUCACCACCACACAACACUCACAAUUACACACCAGUAGAGGACACACACUGGGAGCAAGGUGGGUUAAGUGUCUUGCCCAAAGACACAACAGACAGACUUGUUAUAGGAGAGAAUUGAACCACCAACCUUCUGGUUGUUGGACCACCGCUCUACCUCCUUAACCACUGCUCCCCCAGUAGCACAAAGUGGACAAACUCGUGAGGGUUAUGUGUAUUUUUGCAUUAAGUCGAGGGCUGCCAAGAAGACAUUCAUUACUGGCGAACAUAAUUUGAUUAUAUUGAAAAAAAAAUGUACUUCUUAGCUGACAUGUUGUUAGCUACUAUUUAAUUUACAAGCUAGUUACACAAGCUCUUUUCAUACUGCUAGUUUAGGGUGCAAUAUUGACACCCCUGUAGGGUCUCUGCUUCAGCGUGAUGAUGAUGAUGGUGGGAUUAGGUGGUGUCACUGCUGUGCUGGUGUCAAAGAUAGUAGCAGAGGUGUUACAGACAAGAGGAAAAGUGCAGUAUAGGGGAGUUCACACUCUUGUUUACCUCUUGUGCUUCUCCAACACCGUGACACAAUGUGAAAUGACACACCAGUUCACCCCCUGUAGAUCACUGUGAAAAUACAAAGGUGAUGGUGGAGCUGCAUUAGGCACUGUUGUGAACAAACUAAAUGAAAGGGUUACAAGAAAAAGAAGAACUUUAUUGAUCCCUGAAGGGGAACUUGACUAUAUGAAAAGGAUUAUUGUAUAAUGUUUCCAGAGAGUGGUUGAAUGCUUGCAUUAUACUGUCUAAAUGUAGCUAAAAAGUCAUGACUUGUGCUGUUAUGUAAUGUGCACUUUUGUUCACUAUUAUUGCUAAAAAUUUAUACAUUGAAGUGAUAAUUGUCAGAUAAUUUACAAAACAUGAUUUCUGCCCUGAAAUGCAUCAGUUUCAUAAACUGUCUCUAUGAAGUUCCUGCUUUUUGCAGUUCAGUAAGAAAGUGGCUGUUAAUAUGGUGAAUGAGUUUAAGCCAACAGCACAGUCACAUAAGAUGACUUCCUUACUUUAUUUCAUUUCAUCAAUUCACCCACAUUCACUACAUUUGCUUUUCUUCAUCCCUCCUCUUAUUAUUUUCAUUCUCACAUUUCAUUCUCUCUCAUACUCGAACCCUCUCCUGACUCAUUUGCUAUUGAUUUUUCCCCCCUCUCUUCAUUCAUCUCUUACUGUUUCUCGCACUUUCAGCUGCUCCAUCCAUUCUUCAGUGCAGACAUGCUCUGGGCGUGGGAGGGGAAGCGGGGAAGAGGGUGAGCAUGAGGGAAAGUAGAGGAAGAGGGCGGAAAGAAAGGCGAGGCACAUAGUUGUGGCUAGCUAAUUGAAAGCCAGAAGUUUGGUCAGUAAAGUCCCAACAUAAGGGAGUGGUCUGGGACUCGCGAUUCCUGGUUAUGUGAACGUAUGUGAAAAAUCGAGACGGAGCACAUUUGUGUGAAUGAUCAUGUCUGUGGCUGUGAAGAUUGACAGAUUGUGCAAGUUCUUGGGGCUGCUUAAGCUUGGGUGUCUGUCUGCUGUUUUUCUCAGUUUAAGUGAGUGGAGAAGACAUCUGCCUCUCGCUCUGAAUGUGUUUUAGUCCUGCUGUUGUCGUUUCCUACGUUUGUCCUCUUGUUUUCCUUUUUUUCUUUCAGUGUCCUCUGCUCUAUCUGUCAAACCAGCUCUUGUAUUGGGUCGUUCGGCUUUGUUUUCUUGUCUGUUUACAAAGAAAACUUAAAGAGACAGAAGAGAAGAAAAGGUGACUCUCUUUUGUAGUUGUUGAAAGAAAACAGCCUUUAGACUGCAAUGUACUCACAGUGACAUGACAGUAUUUAUAAUUAUCACAUUUAUAUUUUAAACAUGCUGGCUUGCAGUCGUUUACUGAUUAGCUCAGUAGGUGUAGAGCUGAAGGUGAUUGAAAUGUCACCAGCUCUUGGUCACUUGGUGAUAAACUCGAGUAUUGACUGGAUUGAUCGUUUUGGAUUAGAAGGGCGGCCAUUGCUCAGUGGCUGUCAGUUGCCUCUUAAUUAGAAGUUCACUGGUUUGAUCCCAGCCAGUGAGCGAAUGUGUGAGUGUGAGAGGGUUAAUGCAACUUGUAAUUUUAAAGCACAGUGGGCAGACGACUGGUAGAGCCUCAUAUGGAGUGGAGCCAGUUUACUUGAUUUGACAUCUUGCGCAAUCCUAAGGAAGCUUUAAAGGGAUAUUCCGGCAUAAAAUUAAUUUAUGGUCAAACACACCUUUUUAAUUUUGCCUAAUUUCUUUAGCAAAGAGACUGAACACAGCUCACCUACUCUCUUCCAGCAGCUGCUUGUUUGUAGCGAGACCUCGGGCCAGUCCGUUAUGAACUACAGCGGGGUGCCGCAGCUCAAGGAAGAACAUUUAUGAUCAUUUCUUCAUGGAAAUGCAAUCAGACGGAGACGCUAAGGCAGAACAACUACCGCGUCUGCAGUGCAAAAUGGUUAAAAUGAUGAUUAUUACUUCAAAGAAAUUAUGAAGAAAUGAUCAUUAGGCAACAUUCAUCUCUCGAGGGGUCGUAUAACUCAGUGUUACGGUGUGUUUGACCCUAAAUUAAUUUUACGCUGGAAUGUCCCUUUAAUGCCAGCAAUCAUCCCUGUAGGUUUUUUUUUAGAUGUUUCUCUUAAAAACAACAAAGAUCAAACUAAUUUUGGCACAAGAGACUGAACACAGCUCACCUACUCUCUUCCAGCAGCUGCUUGUUUGUAGCGAGACCUCGGGCCAGUCCGUUAUGAACUACAGCGGGGUGCCGCAGCUCAAGGAAGAACAUUUAUGAUCAUUUCUUCAUGGAAAUGCAAUCAGACGGAGACGCUAAGGCAGAACAACUACCGCGUCUGCAGUGCAAAAUGGUUAAAAUGAUGAUUAUUACUUCAAAGAAAUUAUGAAGAAAUGAUCAUUAGGCAACAUUCAUCUCUCGAGGGGUCGUAUAACUCAGUGUUACGGUGUGUUUGACCCUAAAUUAAUUUUACGCUGGAAUGUCCCUUUAAUGCCAGCAAUCAUCCCUGUAGGUUUUUUUUAGAUGUUUCUCUUAAAAACAACAAAGAUCAAACUAAUUUUGGCACUUCAGUAUCAAUUCCUUUUUAACCAGGAAGAUCUGCUCGACUUUUAUUACAAUCCAUUUAAUUUUUGUUUCUGGCCAACAGACUAACCCACAUAGCAAAAUUGCCAACAGCAGAGGCAUGCUGCAACCUGACUACAAACACACUGUUUGUAAUAUGCUUUUUAAUUUUAGCUCAAAAACUUCCCACAGGAUUUUUUAAUGCGACUUUUUUGUUGCUGAAAUUCAAACAUAAUUUUGAGACAGUUCCUGCAGCUUCAUCAUUCAUUCCCAGCUGGUUCGAAUUAACAUUUUUCUGCUGUACAAAGCAAAACAGUGCUCUAGCUAAGUAAGAUUUACACUUGUCUCGGCGUGCUAAACCUCACCCUGAGGACUAACUGAGCUGCGACUACCGCCGUCUGGUCCGGUCAGGGAUAGAGGUUAGAGGUCAAGGGGUCAUUGAUCUGAACAGGAAAGCCUACCCGUGCAGAACAACGCAUCGUAAACAAACCAUUACACACCAUCUGCGGGGGCGUCAAAUCCCUGACCAGCAUGUGUAUGUUUGUGUAGGUGUGUGUAUCGGUGUCUCUGAAAUCACACCCCCAGACAUACAAGUGAGGAUCAACACACACACACACACACACACACAGUGCCAGACGGGACUGAAAGGUGACAGAGGAAGUGACCAUCUGGCAUCUGCUGAGGCAUCAAGCAACCUGCUGAAAGGGCACAUUUGCAUGAUGUAGUCACAGUCUGCUUUACGUCAAGAUGAUUUCAAAAUUAACUCUUGUUUUAGGAAAUUUUAACCUCAUUUUGUCUUUUUAUUAGAAAUAGAAUUGAUUUUAUAACUUGUUUGUUUGUUUCAUGAAUAUCAAACUUUAAUUUCAUAAAAUUUAACAAGAUUUUUAAAAGAUGCUUUUUCCACACAAAUGAAAGCAGCUGUUAAAUGAACACACAUUUAUUGUUUUGCUCAAGGGCAUGACUCUCUUUGCGCUGAGAUGCCAACAGAUGGUUGUUCAACAUGAAUCUACUUCUGCUUGAGGCUCUGUCUGUAAAAAGCAGUUUUCCUCACCACUGUAACUUGCUAAACGCUGCUCAUGGUGGAUUAGGAUGGGAUAAGACUGAGUCUUGCCUCUAAGACGGGGCAGAAUCCUAUUUUAUCUUGUUGUUGUGUCUUUGUAAAUUUUGUAAAGGAUCUGAAGAUCCUGCAGCAGCACUAUAACAAAGCUCUGGUGUCAUUACACCUUUGUACUUUAACAUUGAAUCACUGAGUGAGGUAAUGUUGGCAGACCAGUGUGUGAAUACAGGUAGCUUUACAUGAGGCAUAAUAGGAGCUUUACAUAAACAUACACUCAGACACGUACAUGCCAGGGCUGCUGCAAAGUAACAAUUUUAAUAAAAUUUUACAUUUAUUUUUUACUCAAAGAUGAGCCUAAAGGUUAGAGACCACUCAGGAAACAGGCACAAUUCAUUUAACACUGCUGAACACUGUCUUACAAAAUGUGCAGGUAAACAGUGCCACAUAGGUGUGACGAGUCUAUACAGUCCUGCUCUGCCCUGUUAGUCAUGAUGUUUUAUAACGGUGCCACCAUGUCUCUGUUACACCUGAAUCGCUGUAGCUCAGCAGCAGAGAAACUCUAUUCCUUCAUCAACCCUCUGCAAUGUUUACAUUGACCAUGUGGUGUAACAGACUCACUCUGAAAGGGCAAUGUAAAAGGGGUUUGUCAUAGGGUUUUGUUUUUCUACAGCUCUAUGACAGUAUAAGGAUGAACAGUUUACAACAUGACACUUUCUGUCUUGAGCCAGAGCAACUGUCAGAUUUGGGGGAGAGUCGUCUCCAUGUGUCCUCACUUGUUUCUUUCUCGACACUAAUGCAAUCUCUUCCGAUUAUUUCCAUGUCUGCUCACCAACAGCCCUUUAUGCUUCACUUUCUCAUUACCUUUCAGUAAAUUUCCUCACAUACAGCCCGUCAUCAUCUCCUCUUCUGUUGCCACCCUCUUUUUCUUCUGCACUUCUCUUAUCUACCUCCCCCUGCUUCUUCUUGCUCCCUUCUUAUCCACUCAUUUAACAUCCCUCUCCUCUGACAUCCAGUGCUUUCUCUUUCUCUUUCUUUUCUCCCACUCUCAGCCUCUUCCCUUAUCUCUUUUCUCUCAGCUGCCUCUCACACUCCGCCGAGACCUUUCGCCCUGUCAAACCAUAUCUCCUUCUCUCCUCUCUUCCCUACCUCCUCUGCUCUUGUCCCCUGUUGUUUUCUCUGUCAGCACCGCCUCCUCUCUCUUUGUCUGCUUGAUUCCCAACAUGCAUUGCACCCUGUCGCCAAUCCACCCUUUCUUCACCCUGUGUGUCUGGCUGCUGUCCACACCACCAGCUCAGGCAGGCGGCCUCUCUGGCACUGCCCACUGGUCUCACACCUGCCACUCUGAAGACACUGUGAGGGAAUCGCAGUGACAGUGUGUGUGCUUUUGUUACGCUUUAUUGACAGUUGUUCUGCUUGUUGUCUCAUGUGCAAACCUGUGUUGUUUUAUCUCUUACUUUCACUGACUGUGAGAGUUUGUGUGAGUUUGUUUUGCUGUUGUAAGACCAACAUCCAGACAGACUGAGGGAUUAGAUUUGGAUCGAGGCUGCAGGGUUUCUAUUCUGAGAUCCCCAGAAGGAGAAGCCUGUUAAUUUAGUGGCUAAAAAUACAGGACCUCCUCUUGGCAGGUCAGUCUAAGACCCACUGCACAGCACUGGACUGUGGUGACAGCUCCUUCACUUCUAUGUGAGUGUGUAUAAUCUUAUGUGUGUAUAUGUAUGUGUGCAUUCCUCCAAAGUUGGAUGGCCUGCCUCCGGCUCAGUGGUGCAUGGAGCGUGGUUUGCAGGGCUGACUUUGACAAGGAUAUUCGGACUGAAUCUGAGCUAAACUUUUCUUGCUUCUCUUUUUGUCUUCACUUCGUGUGUCUUAUCCUCUCUUUGUGAAAGUUAAUGGUUUUAACCCUCGAGUAUAAUUCAGAUUGAAAUUUUUUUUAAAGAAGUUAAAAAAAAAGGAAAUAAAAAGCUCUUUGAAAUCAUCACCUUAGUCAUCUUAGUUUUUAAAAAAAGGAGGCAGUAACAUUUUUUUAUUUUUUUAUUUAACCUUUAUUUAACCAGGCUAGUCCCGUUGAGGUCAAAGAUCUCCUUUUUUUCAAGGGGGGCCUGGCCAAGAAUGGCAGCAAAGCAGUUUCAAAACAAAAAGCAAACACACUCAGACUCACACAGCUCAACGUCAGCAACAAGUACUGUAAAAAUAAAACGCCAGCUAAAGCAGUGGCAUACAGACAGUUAGCUUUUUAAGAGUUUUCACCAAGGAUUUAAGAACACUCAGAGACACUAGGUUCUGUAAUUUAAAUUUAGUCUGCAAAAAGGAGCAGAAAACCUAAAGGCCAGCUUUACCAGCUGAGUUCAGACUUUGGGAACAACAAACUGCACAAAGUCAAGUGAACGCAAAUUAUGUAAUCCUUCCUUUAUGACGAGCAAGGAGGAAAGGUAGUCAGGAGCGUUGCCUAGAACGGCCUUGUAGAUAGAGACAUACCAAUGUCCAAGGUGACAUACUAGAAAACCUCCAUUUAGAAUCUGUGAUGGUAAAUUGAUGGUAAACUGUCAAUGAUUGUACAAGUUAUGAUUGGAUAACUAAAUAAUAUCUGCAAUAGGAAAUUAGCUGAACUUUUUGUAAGCUCUUGUAAGGAACUUUUGGUUUUGUCCCUGUGGACCACAGCUGUACAAAGUGCUGUACAUAACUAGACAAAACAACAAGAUAAAAACCAAUCAAAAAACAAUUAAAACAAUGGAUAAAAUAAAAGCAGAAUUAAAUGUAUUGUUUCAAUGCUUUUAAAAACUAAUUUAAAAACAUAGAAACAAAUAACUAAAAACAAACCAUAAAACACUAAAACAGGAGCCGAGUCUCAUGGAGGGUUAAAAGCCAAUGAAUAAAAAUGGGUUUUAAGACGACUUUUAAAAAUGGACAGUGUGGGGGCUUCUCUAAUUUGGAGGGGUAGCUCGUUCCAUAAAAUUGGGGCUGCAACAGAAAAAGAUCUAUCCCCUCUGAGCUUCCGUUUGGACCUCGGUACCUGCAGGAGCAGCUGAUCAGCUGACCUGAGGCACCGAGCAGGGGUGUAGGGGUGGAGAAGCUCAGAGAGGUAAGAUGGAGCCAGACCAUUUAAAGAUUUAAAAACAAAUAAAAGAAUCUUAAAAUGAACUCUAAAAUGCACGGGUAACCAGUGGAGGGAGGCCAGGAUGGGAGUAAUGUGCUCCCUCUUACGUACUCCAGUUAAGAGCCGGGCAGCUGCUCCAAAAUAAAGUGCGUUACAGUAAUCCAGCCGAGAUGUAACAAAGGCAUGGAUUACUGUUUCAAAGUGCUUACGUGAAAGAAAAGGCUUUGCCUUCGCCAGCUGCCUCAUGUAAGGAACUUUUAGUUUUGUCCCUGUGGACCAAACAGUCUUUGCUUAUUUUGUCCUUUACAUAAGUUAAGUUUCAUCCAUGCCUUACCAGCUUAUUACAGUCAGGUAUAUUCUCUAUUGUAAAUAUUUCAUGUGGAAACAGUGAAAAUAGUGCAUUCUCCUCAGCUACUCUGCUGACACUGUCGUCACAUCAGUUUCAGACGUUGAAAAUAACAGUAUGCAAAUCAUAAACCUUGUCACUGAUGGUAUUGUUUGCUUUUUUAUAUCAUGAAAAGGCACCAAUAUGAAUUUCAGUCUAUUUCAUCAAUGUCCAAAACUCCCCACAAGAGUUUUAGAGAUGUUGCACUUAAAAUGCGACAGUUUUACAACUUUUAACUACAUGCUACUCACAGUGAAAUGUGUAAUCAGGAUGUAUGAGACUGUUUUCGCAUAUGUCUGCAUAUAUAAUUCAAGUGUUGGCUUCUAAAGACAGAAUCUCACACUAAAAUCCCUUUCUUAACUGGAUGCCUAAUUUAAAAAACAUAAAUAUACUCCAAAUACUGCAUAUUUGUAAUUUAUUCUUUAAAAAAACAGAUGCUUGGCUAAAAGGAAACCAAACCAAUCGCCCGUCGGUUUCUCACAAACAAGCAUUUGGCUCAUUAUAAGAAAUCACACCCCUGCACUUCACAGAUGUCCAGUAGCUAACAAUUAUUUAUGUUUAUUUUCUUUCUGUAACUUUAUCCCCUUUCUCUUCCAGUCAGAAGUGCUAUAAUUGCUUUUAGGGGAGUGAAAGUGUUUAUUUAAUGACCGGCUUAUUUGCGCUGCAACAACAUCCGCUGCAUAGCACUUUAAUGACUCCGCUGAUGAUUAUCUCCAACAGUAUAAAUUCACUCAAAGGUGCCUUUGUUUUAUUCAGUACUUCCUCACUCUGCAGGUGAUACUAGAGAGAAACCUGUUGGCAAUUCCUUCCUUCCCUUUAUAUUGUGUGUUAUAGUCUUAUCCAAAUACAGAACUUAAUUUUGGAGAAUAUAUAGUUUGUGAGACUCUUGCUUGCACUUUGACAGGUAGAAAGGAAAAAGAAGAGGGCAUGGAAGAGAAAAAAGUAAAGCCGAAUAAGGACAAUGAGAUGAAAUGGACUGAGUAUGAGAGACAGCAAAAGAAAAUUAAUGGUGAAAGUAUAAAAGCUAAAAUCUAAAGAAUAAAAAAUUGAUAAGAUUCAAGCAGAGAGGGGUGGAGACAAAUGAGAAGUAAUGGUAUAGAGGAGAGGAAGGUGCAUUCAUCAUUCAGAGAGUCGGAGCAAAGGGAGCAUUAGUGAUUAUUCCCGAGGAGAGGGUGAGCUUUUUCACACACACACACACACACACACACACACACACACACACACACACACACACACACACACACACACACACACACACACACACACACACACACACACUGAAAGCAGCCUCCCUUUCUUUAUUCAUCCCUCAUAAAAACAAAGUGAUGCUACUCUUAUUUUUCCCUAUUCUCUAGAGAUAGCCUUACUCAUCGAUAUUCCUCAGUUUGAAGCAAUUUAUGUGCAAAUGCAUGAUUCAAAGGUGUUUAGCUCAAAAAGGAUGCCCUGGCACUAACCCUCAAGGUCAGCCUGGCUUUGCUUUAUGUUUGAUUCCUUGAUCCAUUGGUGCUUCCUCAUCCCUCUCACCUCACAUCUUCGCUCUCUCUGCCUCACUGUUAAAUGUUUGAAGUCCAUGCACACAGUGUUUUCAUAGUGCUGACAAAGUGAAGAGGGGCUUAGAGGUUUGUUUAGACUCUGGACAGUUUCACAGACAGAGACAGAACCAGGGGGUGAGGAAUCUUUACUGUCUGCAUGUGUGUGGCUUUAUGAGUGUGUGUGUGUCCACAUGGUGUGUGUGUACCCAUGCAUAGCUGUAAACCCAUUUGAGCCUACCUCUGUUGAAAUUUUGAGUAAUGUUUGCAGUGAAAUGUAGUGCAAAAAAGUUGGGGUUAUCUCUUUAACUUCUGUUGUGAUUUGUGCAGAAACUGUGCAGUGUUGGUAGUAAAAUAUGUUGACUUAGAUGACUGACAUGACUGUGGUAGUCAAAUUUGAGCAGUUCACAAGUCUGAGACAAUUUUGCAUGCAAGGAAAUUGAACUUUAUCAUCUAAAUUUAUUGUAUUGAUUGUACUGUAACAUGCUUUAGCAUAUUGUAUUGUAUUGCAUUGUAUCAUAUCGCAUCGUAACAUAACGUAACGUAACAUAACUUAACAUACCGUAUCUUAUCGUAUCAAAUUGUAUCAAAUUGUAUCAAAUUGUAUCGUAUCGUAUCGUGUCGUAUCGUAUCGUAUCCUAUCAUAUCGUAUCAUAUCUUACCGUAUCAUAUAGUAUCGUAAUGUGACAUAUCGUAUCCUAUCGUAUCUUAUUUCAUCGUAUCUUAUCGUAUCCUAUUGCAUCUUAUCUUACCGUAUUUUAUCGUAACGUAACGUAUCGUAUUGUAUUGCAUCGUAUCGUAAUGUAAUGUAUCUUAUCUUAUCAUAUCUUAUUUUAUCGUAUCUUCUUGUAUCGUAUCUUAUCGUAUCAUAAUGAAACAUAAUGCAGUAAAGUUCGAUGUGUAACAAAGCUUAUGUGUUUCACCUUAAUGUAUCCUCUCAUAUUGCAUCAAAUCGCAUCACAACGCGUCUUGACACAUGUUGUAUCAUAUUGUCCCGUAUCUUAUUUUAUUUUAUCAUACCCCGUAUCAUACUGUCAUAUCCUAUCACUCGGUUUUUUUUUAUUACUGGUAUGAGGAUUUUUCUGUUUUUGCUCCAGAUCAUCCACUAAACUUGAGAAAUACAUUUCCUCCUUGAGAAAGCAGCUCCAGGAAAAUAACAAUUGAUAUAAAUCAAAAAGUGGGAGUGGCUGAGCUGAAUGUUUCCUCAUUCUACACACACACACAGCCCUGAGCCCAGACUUCCGGGUGCUUUUAGACACACCUCAAUUCACUAUCCAUGAGAGACAUAUGAUCUGUAGCUGACUGUUUCUUUUCUUGUCUUCAUGUAUCGCCUUUGAAACUCAUUGUUGUCAAAAAGCUCGAUGUACAGUUAUACUUCUCAUCAACCACUGGUAAUUCUCCUUUAUGAUAUCCUGUUGUAUUUGCCUGAAAAAGAUUUUUCACCUGAAUUUCCUGUAUUUCAUUCAAUCCCCUCACACACACUCUAUUUAUGUCCCCUCCUCUCUGCAGGACAGCGACAUACAAAAGAAGAUCGACCAUGAGAUACGGAUGCGCGAUGGGGCCUGCAAGCUGCUGGCUGCCUGCUCCCAGAAGGACCAGGCACUGGAGGCAGCGAAGAAUCUGCAGACCUGCAGCACUCGUAUCAUGGCCUACAUGUCGGAGCUGCAGAGGAUGAAGGAGGCACAGGUCAUGCAGAAAGUCACACGGAGGUCUUCAGAUGCAGGACCGAUGGAUGACAGACUACCGUGCAAAGGAAAAGUGGCCAUAUCAGGUAAGAUGCACUCAGUGGAUGUGAAAAUACAAUGAAUAUUUUCCAAACUUAUGGAGAUUUAGAAUUUUUUAAAGGUAAGAUAGAAUAUUUGUGGCCCUUUUAGAGCCGUUUGAUCGAGCUUCCCCUUCCUGAUAGAAGAUGGUUCACGCUCUAAAAUAUAUUGAUUGAGGUGAAUGUGGUGACUUGCAGAUGUUGCCAACUGCAAUAUGAGAGAGGGCAGUCAGACGCAGGAUAACAGAGCUCAUCCAUUUGUACUGCACUCACUUAGCAGGAAGAUUAUUCACUCUGGGGUGCGAGGCAGCUGGGGUUAGGGGGUUUUAUUUCAAGCUGCUGUUGCUUUGUUUGUUUUUAGUCCAUAACGAGACGGUAAAAAAAAAUAAUGAGAUGUAAGACAGGGAGCAAACACACACACACACACACAGCACUCACACACUAAUAGUGGUUAAUUCCCUGUGGAUAGCCAGUGACAGAAAGCAGCAAAGGGGGACAUAUACAGAUAAUAUGAGUCGGACAGUUAGUGUGAUUAACAUUUGUGUGGUCUAAUCCCCUGCCUGGUCUCAUUACAGAUCUGCGGAUCCCUCUCAUGUGGAAAGACACGGAGUACUUCAAGAACAAAGGAGGUGAGUAUCCUCCCCUGUAAUGUGAGUAAAAUCACUGAUAGGGCUUAAAGAUUUAUGACUGCAGGAUUUAUUCAUGAUUACUUCUGUGUGAGGUGAAGGCCUCACACAGGUAUGAAAUGGGUCAUUCACAUGAUAAAUGAGUGUUAAAUCUUUGGUAAGCUCAGGGGUUCAUGUGAGAAUCCCUAGACUUACCCAGAUCAUUUUUUAUCAUUGACUAUAGAGCGAUAAACUGAUUCAGACUUUCGAUGUGUUAUUUUAAGAAUAUGCUGACCCGUGCAAAUGUGCAGACAGACUUUACAUUAUGACAUUUUCCUUCUCUUCCAAUGCGCUGUCCCUGGAUCUGAUUAUCACAUUUUGUUGCAGCUUUGCCAGAUUUCUCGAAAUUUUACUGGAAUGCAUUUCUUUAGAUGUGUGAAACUCCUGGCAGCACAACCUGACCUGCUGUUCAGUCCUGCUGGCUCUGCCUCCUGGCUCUAAGCAGCACACAGGCGCUGAACUGGGUCAUCGCUAGUAGGGCAGAGAAAACUACCUUGAAAAAUGAAAUCUGUUGUGCAUUUUAGUAAACUCCAUGCCCUGAAAUAUUACCGUCAACCGGGCCAAGCUCGAAUUCCUUAAUGGCAUCGCAGAAAUCAAUGACGCACUCACAAUCUAUCACGGAAAAUCUCUACAUUGACCAUUUGCCAUCCCACCUCAAUGUGAGUUAACACCCAUAUCGUCAUCAUACCAGUCUCAGGGCUCAUUCUCUCCCCCUGGUAACUUGAUUGGAAUUAAUCUGCAUGACCUGUGCAUAUAAAUGAACUCAAGAGACAGGAGGCAGGUAGGAGACUUCUUACCAAGCUUAAUGAGGCUGUUAGUCAAGGUCAUUAAACAGACAGCGCGCAUAAACCGAGCCCUGGAGGCAAGGAGGAGCAAAGCUUGUUCCUGUCUCACACGUCCUAUCAUGUUUAACGUGUUGAGCUCAUACUUGGAAUAAUACGUCUGAAUAUUAAAUGUCAGUGAGGUGUAGACGGAGAAGCACAGAGGAAGGUGGCAGAUCAUCUUUCUCAGCCUUUUAUGUGUAACCAUUGAAUUUAGAUGUUAUACAGCCUGUUGUUGGUUGCGCAAUUGAAAAAAUGCCAAAAAGACAAAUAUAUAUGGUAGAUUUAGCAAAACUGCUGGAGAUUAAAUCUAUUAGUAUGGAUAUAAAUGUUCAGUUUCAGCUCUAUUGUUCGCACAAUGGGCUUGUAUGAUAAUGAAAAUACACUAAAAGGGCACAGCAGCUUCUUUAGGAAGUUAUGUCUUCCCACAGAUGGCGUCUAUCCAGAGUAUGUAUAGGAGGCUACCCCUAUCUGUUUGGCUGCUACAACAUAAACACCACAUAGUUUCUGUGUUUAACUCAGGUGGCCGCUGAAAUUGCUGGACUAGUCGUGGAAAUGUUCCCUUGCGGUUUUGUGUGUGUGUGUGUGGUGCGUGUGUGUGGUGUGUGUGUGUGGUGUGUGUAUUAUAUAUAUGAAUAAUAAUGCUAAAAAAUAUUACAAUUGUCAGACAAGUAAAUGGAAAUUAUAAUAGAAGAAUAAUAUCAAUAAUAAUAAUAAUAACAACAACAUUCAAUUAAUAAAGAUGAUGACCACAAAUGCUGUUGUUUGUUGUCUGUCUUGCACUGUCACUGUAAUGCCGUAUUGCACAAAUAAAAAAAAUAAAAAAAAAAGGAAAUAUUCCCUUGCUGGCUUGUGUCCUCAAAACUUUUUUAAAACAGUAACUCCCAUCUUUGAGUUUGCAAGUGAUACUUUCCAGAAAAUUCUGCUUAUAAGUGAUGCAACUGGAUGAAAGCUGUAGUGACAUCUCACAAAUCUCUUCUUCUCUUUCUUGUUAUGCUUCUUUUCCAGAGCUUCAUCGAUGUGCGGUGUUUUGUCUGCUGCAGCUUGGAGGAGAGAUCUUUGACACAGAGAUGGUGAUAGUGGACCGGACACUCACUGAUAUAUGCUUUGACAACACUAUAGUAUUGUAAGUCCCCUGCUUCUAAUGAAACAUGUUUUAAAACUCCCAUUCAGCCUGUAAGUAUGGUUGUAUACCUACAGUAUAUGUGUAUUUUCUUCCAGUAAUGAAGCUAGCCCGGGUUUCAACCUGCGUGUUGAGUUGUACAGCUGCUGCUCGGAGGAUGACUAUUCGGCAGGGAGCACACCGAGGAAGUUAGCCAGCAAAUUGAGCUCCUCUCUGGGGAGAUCGGCAGGGAAGAAGCUGCGAGCAGCCAUGGAGCCUGGGCCUUGUAGUCCUGUUAGCAAUGGAGGGGCGACACCGCUUCUACUGCCUGUUCCCUCUGUACCGUAAGUUUGAAACAUCGACAUGUUAGACCAGAGGAGGAGUAAAUUCUGCUGUUGCAUUAUAUAGCAUAGGCAUGACUGAUAUUUAUGGUGAAGUAGCGUCUGUACUCUUUGUCUUGCGUUGACAGGGGCCCUAAGUACCACCUCUUAGCUCAUACCACCCUGUCAUUGUCACACGUCCAGGACAGCUUUCGAACGCACGACCUCACCAUCUCAGGCAACGGUGAGUGGCAGCCUUCAUCAAUCUGUCUCCUCGCCGCCUUUGUCUUUUCUCUGCCAAAUCAGCCAUCUGUCUGUUUUAUUAUUUGUGCCUCUCUCUCACUCGUCACUCACUCUCUCUCUCUCUCUCCUUUCUCUCCUCCCUGUGUUCUAAUAAUUUCCCCUAAACCUCCUCCCCUCCUUCCUCCUCAUGUUCUCUGACAGACAGCCAUUGUCAAGGUCACACUUUUUAUCGGCUGUGCGAGUGGGGUGGCUGCUGUGUAAAGCUGUAAUGAUGCGGGCUAACAAGGGCCCCCAGACUUCAGACAGACAGGCCCCUAGUGUUUUAUUCAUUGGCCCUUCAGCCUGCUGUAAAGUUUCAUUGCUGCACUUCAUGGCACUCCCUGCAGCUGCCAGCCUUUAACACCCCUGUGCCUUGUUUUAUGCGUUUAAGAGGAGUGAUAUGACAUCAAGAGUGUGUUAAUGUGUUAGCAGAUGCAUAUGAUAGUACAUGUUUGUGUCUGAAUUAUCAUGUGGCUAUACUGUUAUUUAUUCAUGGUGUUUAUUUUUGCCUAUCCAUCCAUCUCCCCCCUGCAGAAGAGUGUUCUUAUUGGCUGCCACUCUACGGCAGUAUGUGUUGCCGCCUCGCAGCUCAGCCUCACUGUAUGACCCAACAGAUGAUGAGUGGAUGUUUGAAAGCGAAGGUAAGUUGGCAGGUGUGCUUAAUCCAGUAACAGGACUAUUCCUCUCAAGGUUUCUGUAGCUUUUGGCUGUUUUCCGAGUUUAUUUCUGUCCUCUCUGCCUCCUCCCCUCCUUUCCUUUCCUUUCCUUCCAGUGCUGCCGUUACUCUUUGAGUUUCUUCCCAGUAUUCGACUCACAUCUGAUAUUUUUCUCUUACCUUGCAGCAGUUAGGAGGUGACCCUCAGAGUUGGACGAAAGUGUUCGCGGUCUUAAAAGGAACAAGCCUUUCCUGCUACAACCGACAAGAAGACGUGGAGGCUAACGUCGAGCCCGCUUUCACAAUCGCUAUCAACAAGGUCAGCAAAGGUGUCACAUGAAAACACAAAGCUGAUCGUGAGAGGUUGCUGCCUGAAAGAACAUGCACAGCUGUGUUGUUUUUUGGUAAAGCCUUAGGUGUUUGUGAGGAAUAAAAAUGUUGGAUUACUGCCAACAUGAAGAUUCUGAGCCAAAAAAGACCUGAGCUCUUUUAUUACCAUCGAAGUGCUUUGAAUUUUAUCGGUGUAUCUAGCCUUCAGUUGCCUCAGUAGAGAUAGAGGCUGUGUUUUUGUUACUCGGCCUUCAGCUGUAACUUUGUAAAUCUUCAGCAAGACUCAGAAAGGAUAGACCUGUCUGGGAAAAAAUAACUGUAGAGAUUUCAAAUAAAAUCCAUUUAAUAUCUUCUCAAACACAUCAGGGUCAGCCCGUCCAGUCAGACAUAAUAAUUCAGUCAUCUCCUCAUUUUUCCAGACACUAAAAUCAAGAAGAGUUAUCAGGGCAGUCUGGUUCUCAAUCAUCUUAUUCUCUUCGUCCGUGUGUCUGAGAAUGAAAGUCUGAGAGUCACAUUCUUUCCACUUAGACUCAUUGGGCUUUUUGUAGCAUCUGACCCUGAGCUCACAAUUGACAUGAAGCCAAGUCAGAUCAGAUCAGAUCAGAUCAUGUAAGUCAUGUUAGUCAGUUAUUCAUCCUUAAUAGGAGCAAAGAGAGAGUUCAGCGUGAGGAGUGGAACAACACUGCCAUCUAGUGUUCAAAAACCAGACCUGAAACCUUUGGAGUAAAAUGAGGAGGUGGGAAUUGGGAGUCUGCACCUUUUGUUGGAUAAUUGCUGAAGGGAAAUGGUUUGGAAGAGGACUAAUUAGCAGCUUUAUUAGUCAGGGCUUAUUUUCAGUGGGGACUCACAAUUACAAUUGCCGUAAUGAUUACUUGUUGAGGCACAUAAUUUUGUUCAUUCAGGAGCCCUGGCAUUCAUUCCUGAUUGUAGUCAUUUUCUGGUAGAUUAUUAUAUUCUCUGUCGUUUGCUCUUUUUAGGAGACCAGAAUACGGGCAUCAGAGAAAGACCCCCACAGUAAAGUUCAGAAUAUCUGUAUUAGUAACCAUUAUGGGGGUGAGGAGGUCACGCAUACCCUGACCACAGACAGUCGAGAAGAUACGCACAGGUGGAUGGAGGCUUUCUGGCAACACUUCUAUGACAUGAGUAAGUAUCAGGAUGCUGUAACACAAUAAAGGUUUCACAUAUACAUAAUGAAACCACCUCAUAUAAAUAUGUAAAGUUGUUUAUAUAGCAUCUGAAACUUGCAGCGGUAAAAGUUGUUGGUUUGUCUCUAAUGUAUAGGUCAAUGGAAGCAAUGCUGUGAUGACAUAAUGAAGAUUGAAAUGCCAUCGCCAAGGAAACCAGCACCUGUCACACCAAAACAGGGCUCGCUCUAUCAUGAAAUGGGUAAGACCUCUGUCCAAUUGUUAUGAUAAGCAGAAGAUAAAAGUUAUUUAUAUGAUAUAAUAGAGAAUGAUACUUUACAAUAGGGUUUUAUAUGAUAUGAUACAGCUCCAUAUAAUACAGCACAAUACUUUACCAUAAGAAUUAAUACAAUACAUUGCCAUAUAACAUGUAGCAAUUCGACACAAUACAAUAAGUUUCAAAAUAAAUCUGAGUUGAUACAAACUAAUAUAACUCAUAAAGAGUCUCAAUAUGUACUUAAAGUAUUGUCGCUAAUCCUUCACUGUAGUGUUGAAAUAAAUUAUAUUGUGCAUACGUGAUGAAAAACUGUUUUUGGUACAGUGACAAACAAAACAAUCUGAUCUGAUCUCAUACAAAAAAUGCAAACAGUACUUUGAUAUGAAAGUUUUGGUAACACUUUACUUGACGCUUAUCUCUACAACGCAUUAUAAAUAUACGCAUAAUGCGUUAUAAUCACGUUAUUGCACUGUAUAACAGUAGUUAUAAACACUCAUAAAUGAUCAUAAUGCUUUAUAGCAAUAAUCAGAACACAUUAUAAAGCAUUUUAUCAUGACUUACAAGGUCAGGUAUUAUAAUGUGUUAUAACUGUUAACAACUCACUGACAACGGCCACAUAGAUAAUGCAUUAUAAUGUAAUGUAUAAUGCAUAUAUUUAUGAUGUGUUAUAUUGUGCUUAUAAACUUGUAUACCUAUCAUUAUAAACACUCAUUGAUGAUCGGCUUUAUAACAAUAAGCAAAACACAUUAUAAUACCUGACAUUGUAAGUCAUGAUAAAAUGCUUUAUUAUGUGUUUUGAUUAUUGCUAUAAAGCAUUAUGAUCAUCUAUAUGUUAUACAUAUAUUUAUAAUGGGUUAUAGCGAUAGGCGUCAAGUAACGUGUUACCAAAGUUUUCUGCCUCAUUACAAUGUUGUCUUGAUUAUAAUGCACUUCCAUAGUCGUAUUAAGAAAAAAACUAUGAGUUAUGAAAAUUGAAAGGGAAGUCAGGGAAAGACAGCACUUUGCCUCCACUGCAUGUGACUGUGUGUAGCUUUACUUCCUCGGGUCCGUGUGCAUGUGAGAUGCUUUCAUAAUCAAAUUUUCCUCUCUUGGUAUCUCAGACUCACACUCUGCUUUACCUCUUUUUUACUGUAGGUAGAAUGGAUGUUAUCUCUGACACGCUGACUCACUCUCUGUCCUUUGUUUCUCUGUCCCUCUUUGUCCUUUUCAAUUUUCCCUGUGUGUACUCAAUCCAUCACUCCUUGGCGGUGUCUCUUUCCUGUCCUCUUUAUUACUCCCUCGUCUCCUCAAUCAUUACUCAUCAUCAACCACAUGUUCCUCAUCAACUCUUAAAAUUAAUUUUUAAUGGUUGAAUUGUUUUCAUCCCUGAACAUUUGUUCUCUCAUCGUACCCUAACAUUCAUUUCCUCAAUAAACAUGCAUCUACCUUCAUCUGUUUUCUUUCGUAACUAUCAAUACACACCUGUUACCCUUCCUCCUAUCCUCUCUCUCCCUUCCUAACCUGCUCUGGUAGCACCUCUUGCCACACCCUCCUGUGAGGGUCUUCUGCUGCAGGAUAACGCUGUGUCUGCUGAGAUUCGCGCUCUGCUCUCGUCUUAUUACAACGACAGGUGAAGUAACAGGAGUAGGGAUCCAUUUAAAUCAUCACAAUCCAGGAUUAAAUGCAUAUCCAGGAUUAGCUUUAUCAGGCUGAUAUUAAAGAGAUUUUGUAAAGCGUUAUUAGACAGGAUCCGUUUGGUCCUCAGUCAUCAUGAUGAGUCAUUUUCUCAGGAAAAUGUUUUGAAUUCAAAUCUUCAACUUAAUGUAUAAUUUAAGUUUUCUUAAAGAUUAUAAGUCCGGAGAAUCAAAGUCAAGCUUUUUUUCUUUGUAUUCGGCGUAAUUUUACUCUUGAUUUGUCUGUAAUUUUAUCCCUACAACCUUGAGUGUUUGGUUUAAAGUAACAAUAAUUUGUCCUCAGAACUGUCCAAAUUACAUCAUUUUUUAGGGCUCAAAAUAUUUCUCAAAAUAAAUGUUUAUUUAACAUCAAGAUUACAUGAAGAAUAAGAUUGAAACUCCUCUCAGGUUAUGGCUGGUAAAGAAAAAUAGUUAGGUUCAAGAUUAAAGAAUUACUUUUAGGAGUUAGAUUGAGUCUAUCUUUAAGAAUUAAAUGUGAAAGGCCAACAUCCUACGGCAGUGUAUUGAUGAUUUUUGCUGAAUCUCUCCUGCAGUUAUUGAGUCUUCAGAUGACCUCAGCAGCACUGUCUCAGACAUACUGGCUCGGAGGAUGCAGGAGCUGGAGCUCCGCAGCCAGCUGGGCACCUCCCCCACCUGGAUGUCUGUGUUUGAGGAGAGCAACACUACGAAUGCUGGCCGCCACCGUCCUUGUAACUCUCGCCUCUCUGGCCACAGUCCCUGCUCACCUCAUCGUCUGCCCCGCAGCCCCAUGAGCCCCCACCGCUACCCUCAGCUGACUCUGCUGUCUUCAGAUGCAAGCCUGACCUCGGAUAGCGACAGCCACUGCAGCACUAGCCCCAGCUCCCAGCAUCACGGUUGGCCUGAGCAAACGUCAAACUUCUCCAUCCUGUCAUCCUCCCCCUCUCGUCUGAGGCCACGCACGCUAUCACUGGAUGCCAAACUCAGCACCCUGCGAGGGAGGGGGUAUGGAGGAAGUGGGACCUUCCAGUGUCCCUGCCAGCCUCCUCCAUCAUCAUCACUGCUUAACCCGCUCCCCAUUUCCUCUCACUCGCCACGGUCACAACGAAGCACGCAAACCACGCUGUCCUGCUCCAGCUCAACCUCCAGUAACAGCUCCAGUAACAGCUCCAGCAACAGCGAGGGCAGCCACAGCCCAGAGUCGUCAGAGGGAGCCCCUUUCUCCAGGCCGUCCCCAGCACGGCGCAGCCUCAGAUCCCUCAGGGCCAGACUUGAUCCUCGCAAUUGGCUUCAGAGUCAGGUCUGAACUCAUCCCAGUUCACCAGACAUUUAACUUUGGCCUAAGGGUAAUAGCAUUCAUUAAACCUCAGUUUAACACAUGUGAACCCACCUCAGGCGAUGAUACCCUGCCCUGAGGAGGAUAAGCUGCCUCUAACCUGCUUUCUGCUGGAGGUUGGAUCUUAGAAGACCCUCCUGGGGGCAAACUGGAAUGCUUUCUAACACAUAAGACAGGUGACAAUCACUGCAGGAGACACUUUUUUUGACAAUGGUCCAAAACUAAAUGGGAGGUACUCAGCACGCUUUGAAUAAUUAUGGUCAUGCUGCUCCGGAGAAAGUGAUGCUAAGAGCGAAGGAAUUCCUCUAAUAAACACGCCACGCUCGGCCUGGUGUCUGUCCUUGGACUCUACUCCUGAGACUUUAAAGGUUAAUUUAACUUUCCUCUGCAUCAGCCAUCCUGGCCACUGAAAUAUUAUUUCAAGGUCAUCUCUAUUAAUGCACUAGCGAUGUUUUGACUGGUUGUUUCUGUUUUGUAUUUUAUAAGUAAAGGUUUGCUGUGUAAUGCUAUGAAUGCCAGCGAGCAUGUUGAAAGAUGAACAAAGGGUAUAAUAAUCAGUCAUGGGAAAAGUGAAAAACUCUUCAGUGUGGAAGGGAAGUGUUGGUGUUUGUUGCCUGUACUGUGAUCUACUUCAGUGUACGUUUCUAAUUAUUCUUACAACAAAUGAGCGUUGUGGAUUUCCUCAGAUUUCUAUGCACAUUUUGGUUUUUUUUUUUCCUUGCAUGAUUUGACUCACCAUAAAAUGAUAAACUACUUGAGAUCAUUUCAGCAAUGAAUCUGGUGAAAGCUUCACUUUAUGCAAGUGCUCAUACAUACUGUACUGGUUAAUACUGUGAUCCCCUGCAGGGUAAAAAUCUGUGCUCUGGUCUUAAUCUUUACACGUUUAUCUGCAGAUUACUAGGAAAUUUUUGUCAGAGCUGGUUAGAAUAAUCCUUUCUUUAAUAGAGCAAACCUUAGGAUAGAGUGAAAUUAUACAAAUCAGGAUCAUUGAUGAAAAAAAGACAUAUUAUUCUGCUCUACUGGCUCAGUGAAGUUUGUAGAUUAUAUAGAAAAAGAAUUUCUAUGAAAUGUGAAACAUCCCCCAAUCCAAUCAAAUAUUAAACCACAUGAAACAUUUCUUAUAAAUUAUUAUUUAUAUUGGCUCUAUUCUCUGCAUUUCAAUAACUCUGGGCACUCACUAUACACCCAGGUCAUUAGUUGUAGUAUUAAAAAUCAAGAAUAAAAUAGUUUACACUGCCAGUAAUUGUUUUAUGAAGUUUCUGUUAUAAGAGAAAAUCCUGAUUAGAGUUCAUUACGAAUAGAAAUAUCAAAGAAUCAUCUGACAGGAAGCGUCCGUGUUGAAUAAGUCUUUCCCAGAGUCAAUACCCAUCGGAGCAGUAAAGCCUCCUCUUCUCUCUCCUUUUGUUUACUCCUGAUUUCACUGUAUUUUUUUGGACUCUACGAACUCAUGCAAACAUUUCUACUAAGAAUUAUAACAGUUGAUACUGUAAAUUAAUAUAGGUUAACAAAUACACCUCCUCUCUGUCUUUUGUUACAUUUUUGAUUUUGUUAUAAAUGCAGCUAUAUUGAUCCCAGGUUGUUAACAGGUGGUGUGCAGAUCAUUAACUGAUACCAAUAGAUAACAUUGAAUGUUAUAAGCUUGUAAGAGUUUCCCAUUUUAAAGCAGGCUUGGUGUUCUGCAUGUGUGCCAUCCCAGAAGGUAAACACAACAUGAGAGAUGAGGAAAUUUCAUGUUUAAAUAAUGUAACAUUAAUUAUAAUAAAUGUUUUAUCAAUUAU